AUGAUCCGUCCUUUACAGGAAGAAGUGCGAUCUCUCCUUAGGUCUGGAGUGGCAAUAACUAACUUGACUCAAUGCGUAGAAGAACUUGUUUUGAACAGCAUUGACGCCGGAGCUUCUAACAUCACAUUGCGAGUAGAUAUUCCAAAUUUGAAGAUCCAGGUCUCGGAUAAUGGAUGUGGUAUCACGUUUGGAGAUCUGAAACUUGCUGGCGAGAGAUAUUCGAGCAGUAAAUGCCACGUCCUCAAAGACCUAGAUCAGUUGACCUUUUACGGAUUCAGAGGAGAAGCUUUGGCAAGCUUGCGCGAGAUCUGUGAUGUGUUGGAAAUAGUUACUCGCCACAGAUCUUCUUAUCAAACUUACUGUAAACUCUUUCGAAACGCACAAGUUUUGGACCUCGCUGAAUCCAGAUUCCCAAGGACUCAAUCUGGAACAACUGUCACGCUUCACAACAUUUUUGCUAAUCUCCCUGUAAGGCGUAAAUCAAUCACUGAAGUACUCGACUUUGAACGAGUUAGGCACAGAAUUGCUUCUAUUGCUCUCGUUCACCCCAAGACCGCAUUUCUGUUGAUAAACGACUCAUCAGGGACAAAAUGUCUUCAAACGCAUGUUUGCAAGUCAUCUGUCUCCACGUUUUCCCAGCUGUUUGGUAACUACAGAUCCAAGGGUCUGCAGCAAGUGUGUUUUGAGCACAAGGAUUUCAAAGUGUCUGGUUUUAUUUCAACUGAUACACAUCACAGUAAAAGCUUGCAGUUUGUGUUUGUGAACAACCGUCUUGUACUCAAGACAAAGAUUCACAAACUCAUUAAUAGCAUUCUUGGAAAAUCAGAGCUAUUAAAAAAACUCACUGCUUCUGAAGUAAGCAGUUCUGAACCAGAGGGCCCUUUGACUAAAGUAACCAGCCCUCAGAAUGCAAAGUCCUCUGACAAUCAUGGUAUAUUUUUUCUUAAUGUAGAGUGUCUGGUCACAGAAUAUGACAUUUGUUUGGAGCCAGUGAAAACUCUGAUUGAAUUUCAAGACUGGGAAAGUGUUCUUUUUUGUGUUGAGAAAUGCAUCAAGGACUUCCUGACAAAAAACAGUUUCAGUUUGGACCCUGAACAAGCAGAUUCUGGAGAAAAUAAAGAUAGCCAAGAAGAGGAGUCAUGUACCAGAAGUCUUGAGGCUUUUGAGUACAGAAGGGAGAUUAAGACCAGCAAUGUAAGGAGAAGUCUACAUUCUUCAACUGUGUUUAGGCCAAGAAAGACUGAAAUGGGACAAAAUGUGGGUAAGGAAGACCAAACCAACCUUCAAAAUGGACCUAUAGUUUCACAUGAGUCUGAUCAAAAUCACCGAGACAAGAAUUUGAGUGAUACAGUGGGAUUACAUUCUUCGUUGUGUGUAUCUGUGUGUCCAAGUUGUUCAGAUUCCAAAUCUGAUCCACAAGAUGAGUUCUUCCACAUGUUGGAAGGAUCUGCAUCUUCGAUGGACAUGACAACAACUGCUGCCAAAUGUUUCUCAUCAGAUGCAGCUGAAUUUAAAAAUAAACAUUGCGAUAAGAAUCAAGGAGACCAAGUCAGUAAGAGUGAAUUUAAUAACACUGGCAAAGCUAACCAUACAUGUAUCAGAAAAACAGUAUCAACCAACAUAGUUCAUAGUUCUAACCAUUCUUGUUCAUCUCAGUCAGUUGGAAGUUAUUGUUUUCAUAAUUUUCAGGAGACUUUCAAUUGUCAGUCUGGUAUUGACAGUUCCCAGCAUUCAGAGAGAAAUAUGUUGAAUGUGCCAGAGAGUCACAGUAACAAUAAUGCAUAUAAUUCUGGAGAAUUUUCUCAAAAUAGAAAAGCCUCUGGUUUAUAUUUGUCCUUGGACAAGAAGGAGAAUUCACAAGCUACAAAUAGUGGAUCAGAUAUGGUUUGUUCUUUUCAGUCUUCCCAUUCAAAACCAAGAACCACAGAAACACCCAGCACCACAUCAACCAGACAAAAAACUAAAGUAAUUCCAACAUUUACAUCUCCACGCCCUAUAACAUUAUCAGGAGUUUACGCAAGGAAGAGAUCUCAGGGAAGUAGUGAAGCUUCUGCAAUAAACCUUGGGCUUCUAUCCAAGAAUAGGAAACUCAUCUCACUACAAGGUAGCUGCAAGAGAAGGGGCAAGAAUAACAGAGAUUUAGCAGGACAAUCCAUUAACGCUAACAUCCGCGAAUGUAAUGAACAGAGUCUUAAGCACUGUGACUUACCAAAAACAGUGAAUAAAGGUGAAGACUCAAAUAUAUUGACUUCCAACAGUGAUGGCAUGUCUGGGACUGCAAUGGACCAAGACUUGACCACUAAGAUUGGUGUUAAUAACAAUGAUUCUGUUUCCCUGGUGUCUGCGUCAGUUCAAAAGACUUCUGGUCCUGCUAUUUCUGUCCUUUCAGAACAAACAGCUGCUGGUGAUUCCAUGCACCAGGUUUGUGAUCUCAGUUUAGAUGGCAAAUGUAAGCAGCCUCAGAAAGAAAACAGCAGCGACUCUGUAAUACUCUCAGACCAUAAUGUCAGGAAACGUGACUGUUUCACAGACAGGUGUACAGAGCUUUUGUGUUCUUCAGCUGAAAAGAAAGCUGAAGAGAAAGAGGUUUCUGUGGAGCAGUCAAAACAAUGCUCAGCUUCAUCAAAUGUAAAAACCAGUGUAGCCACAAGGAACCAAAGUAACAACCAGGGAAAAGAAUCUUAUUUGAACAAUGAGUGGUAUUGUACAUUUGAUGCAUCUCUUGAGAGAAAUCUCUUCAUCAAUAACCGGACGGGACACUCCUUCUUUGUACCUCCCACUGAUUUUUAUUUUGUUCAAGAUGAUUGCAGUGAAAUGUCUGGAGCAGAAGAUCUGGAAGUUGCAAAUGACUACAGGCAGCACAUUCCACACCCAGUGGCCUCUCACUUGUCAUUUUCUUGUACCCCUUGGCUGCCGAGAGAACGUCGAAGACAGCAAAUGCCUUCCUGUGAUGAUGAAGACAAGGAGUUUCCUAAAGGUAAUUAAUUUUUUAGGGAGUUUUUUCGCAACCACAUUUAUUAUGCCAUUACUAAUCACAGCAGGAGUAGCUCACUUGGUAAAGACUGCUUGACUAAUAAUUAUUUGUAUUCUUCAUACAGUAGAACCUCCCAUAAGCAACCACCCAAAUUGUGUAGUUCCAUGUUGUCGCUAAAAGCUCUUGAUAUACACCGAGUGGUGUAGUACAAACAGCAAAAAAAUGGCAAUUAAAAGAUUAAAGAUAAAGAUAACAACCAUGGAAAACUAUAAAACUGUCGGGCCAAAAAUGGUCACAGUCACUUACAGCUGUGUAUGAGAGGUGGUCAUUCAUGAUAGGUUCUUAUUACAGGGUUGAGUGGUAAAAUUCAGGUGCUUUGGAUAGGUGGUUAUGGGAGGUGCUUAAACAAGGAGAUUUGGCCGUUAAGCUUCAACCACUCAAAGCUGGGAAUUUGAAAAGCGACCGGCUCCCCUGAAUUUAUCUGAUUGAGAUUGAUACUAUCGGCUCUGCCUGAAUCACUUGUGGACCACUUUGACAUUUUGGCGUCCGGCAAGACUGACUACCAUUGUAAGGUUAAAGAGACCUUAUUUUAUUCAGGAUUUGUAGCCAGCAUUGAAUGCCAAUGUCAGCAGUGAAAAGCUUUUACUUUAUUAGUAUAGCUUUUCCAUUAUUCAUUUCAUUUCACAGACAGUUUCCAUUUUGAAAGGUCUUAAAUUUCUACUGCAGAUGUUUUCUGUCUAGGUUCCAGACCCCCAUUGAUACAGUAUGAAUAGCUUCCCAAAAAUUAUGUGACUAGCAUACGAAACGUCAAGUUCUUAAAAUGCACGUUUUUAAAAUGUUUAUCACCGCUGUUUGUUUUAUAUUUUUAAUCAAGCUACGAUGGCCGAAGACCAGGAGUGUAUAAUAACUAGUUAAUACUAGUGUGUUUCAUCUCUGGAAAAUUAUCGAAAGGGGAGGGGGGGUCUGAAAAAAAUUGCACAAUGAAUAGGGGGGCAAUCAUAGCAUUCACACUCAUACACCAGCCCCCUCACACUCUCUAAUUAUUGACUGAUCUCUCCAGACAAUCGAACCGCAAUUCAGCAAUGCAAAUACUAACGGUUAGCUGUAACUACGCCUUAUUUAGUAAACGUUUGAAAUCUAACACAAAAUCGCCAAAAUAUUAUUUAUUCUUCUGUUUUUUUAGCUAUUUGAUUCAUCAAUAUAUCACUAAGGGAAGUAAUACGUCAAUUAUUCUGGCUCCAAAAAAGCGGGCAUGCCGUCGCGGUACAUCAAUCAAGUCCAAUAACUAAGCAAAUGGUUUCGAGUUACUCUGUUUUCUUUUAUUCAUUUGCACCAGCCUCAUCAGAUACCACAUUUUAAUUAAUACACCAUAUACUCUAAAGCUACAUGAUGCAGUAUACUUAAUUUACACUUACUUUAUCCGCAGCACAACCAUACCUAACUUUCUAACACGUGCGCAAUGACGCAGCACUACUGACUGUUCACUUCACAAUAAUACCCAUAAUGCUGCGGGGUAGAGUCAACACUACAAGCUGCGAAUAGCCCUGACUCUUGAUUGAAAUAUUUCCCCACGGGACAAGCCGGGACAUCUGAGUCCCUAAAUGCAUGGUGCUUAUGCUUUUUGGCCUUUUUCAAAGAGCGCUUUCUUCCCUGACUGGACCUAAUGUUUGAAUCUUUUCUCUUUCUGCAUAGUUGAAGCUUAGCUUGGAGAUACAAUUUGGUUUCCGGAGCAGGUUUAGGGGCAUUGCCAAUGUUUUGGUCAAGUUUUAUAAGCCAUGGACUGUAGAUUGAAGGAUAAGCACCCAAAUUAUUGUUGAGCUCCCCCCUACUUUGAACACAAAUGCCUUUAGGUCCUGGGGAGCAGACAAGGUAAGGGUUUUUCUCCGAGUUGCAGUUGCCCCUAUAAUUUUCUUUGUAUUCAAAGACAUACUGUGUUCGUGAGCGGGGCCGUAGUUCGUAUUUCACUUGUCCUGAAACGGGGUAGAUUGGGGCUGACCCCGCAGGAGUGACUUCUACCCGUACGUUUCUGCUUAACUGGUAGUUAUCAUUUGUAAUGAGAUAGACCUCAAAAAGCUUAACAAAAAGGGCACUGUCUUCAUCCCUGGAGGAGAUUUGGCCGUUACGCUUCAACCACUCAAAGCUGGGAAUUUGAAAAGCAAUCGGUUCCCCUGAAUUUAUCUGAUUGAGAUUGAUACUAUCGGCUCUGCCUGAAUCACUUGUGGGAAUUUUCAAGUCAACAUUAACUACGUCGCAAGAAGGAGGGUUAUAACUAAGUGCCUCGUCAAUAUGGUUAGUAUCCAUUGUACUUAAGGCGUUAGUGCAUUGAUUGGACUCUAUCCCUGCGUUAACAUAGGUCACAUAAUUACAAUAUUGAGAUAGGAUGAGAAGCAAAUGGAACUGAGAUAUUACAUAUGUGGAUAAAGCCAUUUGUUCGAGCGCAAGUUGAGCUUCGGCGGACUCCGCUAGCUGUCCCUCCAAAUCCUGGAAGCCUUGCUCUAGACCUUUUGCCGCUUGCAUUGAUGUAUAUGCCCGGACCGUUGCCGUCAAACUGUCCAUCAACUCAAAUUGGUAGUCAAACCGAUUGCUAAGGGUUUGCGCAAGUUGAGGUACAGCGAUUUUGAGUUUAAAAAGGUGGUUUCCUACGAAAAUGUACGUUGCACCAACAAUGGCCUCUUUUGUCUCCACGGAAUCUAUCAAGGUUUCCAAAUUAUCAACUACUGCGCUCCAGGCAGCGUCUAGCUCAGCUAUUUGAGCUUCGGAGACCUGCGGUGUGUAGUCAUUAUAGCUUUUCAGAAAUUCUUCCUGUAUUUUCUUAAAUUCAUCACUACUAGUUUCUUCCGCCUCGAGCUUAGCAAGGAUUUUCUUGGUAUUUUCUAAGUGAACUCUAUUUUUCUGAAAUCCUUCUCCAAUUAUCCUGAACUUGUCUGUGGCUAUUGUUAUUUGCUCACGAAUUGCACCGCCCUUGACUGCCUCGAGCGUUGUCCUGGCAGCGGCGUCGAUACGAUCAGCCGUGUCCGCGAAGCCGCCAAAGUCUCCCCCCAUGGCUCCCAUUAUUGCCGAAAUACCCGAACCAAUGACUUUUAACCACAUAAAAGUAGCAUCAAUAGAUUUGAUUAUGGUACCCUCCAUUUGCAGCUUAGAGGUAUCAUAUUCUAGUUUUUUCUGAAGUUUUGCUACCGUUUUUCUGAAUUCGUCCAAUUUGCCGGUUAUGAAAAUUGUAUCUGCCUGGGCAAUUGCUUUGUCAAAAUUGGCAACUUUUGUGAAAUAAUCACGCAAAUGUGUGAAACGACUGCCUAUUGAUGUCUCGAAAUAUUUCUUUAUCUCUCCAGUGAACUUUUCCAACGAGCUUUGCAGCUCUAGCUUGGUAUUUUCAACUGCACCUUUGAUGCUUGAAAUUUGAAACUGGGUUAACCGGGUUUUAUGAUCGACGCUCAGAUCCAGACUUUUUGUUCUACGAUCCUUACUGCUGUACUGGUCAAGAAAAACUGCUACGUUCUCCAUGAGGAUCUUAAAACCGCAUUCCAUGCUCCUACUAAUUUUUUCAAAACUGGGGGCACAUUCAUCACUACUGGUCAGUCCCAUUUGAUUCUGGUUGGGUACUAAAUUGGCAAUAUCUUGAAGGCCAGUGAGGUCAUUUUCUCGGAUUUUGUUAUACAUGAUUUUCAGCAACUCUUUCGCAGUCUCAGCUCUCUUAAGUGCAUCGGUUUGGACAUAAAAAUGGCCUUUGGGCGUCAAUAAAAGCCAAACUAGAACAACCGCUCGCAUGCUUUGCGAUUCACUCGACUUCCAGUUGUCAUAAUUUGGCCCUAGAGCACUUCUUAGUUUUUCCAUACGUGUAAACGUCUCGGCCAAGUAGCACGUGAGUUGCUCAAAAUCAUUGUUGUAGGUGUCUGCACAAUCGCGUUUCAUACUUGCAGAAAUGGAACCGAAUUCACCGAAAUGGUGCUUAAUUUUGUUGCCAUCCUGAUUCAGGGCAUUAUCAUAGAGACUUUGGAACAUUGUCAUUAGCCGGUAGCAGAGGGUCUUAUUUCUGAGUUCAGACGCAAUGUUCAUGAUCUCAUAGACUUUAGGCUGGAGAAGAUACAACAUAGAUAGCUCCUCCCUGGUUCUAGGGGGCUGCUGACUCAUAUCCCAUGGUAUACCUUUAUGAUCUAUCAUCAACUCUGCUAACCUAUCAAAGACUAUUGCUAACUUACAUUGCAUUUUGGUAUCGUCCCUGUCCAAGCUUUCGCACUGUUUUUUCAUAAGAUCCAUCGUGCCGCUGGACUUAUAGUGGUUAAAAACCAGUUCUAAGCUAUUGAUAUUGUUUGUUUCAAUGUAGUAGAAGGAUCGAUUGAGAAUUUCUUGACCAAGUUGGUCAAGAUCAGUUUUGGCCCAGUAGAGAAGUCUGGGGUCAUUCCAUCGGAUUUUCGUAACCCAGUUUAUCUCCUGUUCUAGAGCAUCGGACAGACUGGAACAUUCGUCUGGUUUUUCAAACUUGCCGUACCACUCGUGGUGAAGUUUGUCUUUCUUCAUGUCAUGACUGUCAACGGUUUUCCUGACGACUUCUUUCGCAGCACACAGGAACUCUUUGGACCAACAUCUAUAAUCGCUAGAUUUUUUGUUCUCUUCGUAAUCAUCACAGCCUUUCCUUAAAAUGUCCAAUUUUCCAAACACCGAUGGGAUAUCACUGCAAUAAUAGAGAACGUUAUUCAGAAUCAAUAGAAGAGCUAUACAUUGAGUUAUGUAAGGCAAUCUAAUCAAGGUACACUAUUGCACCUAAUGGAAGGUAUCCACGUCUUUUUAAAAGAAAGACAGACCAGUCAAUAAAGAGUUCUCCUCGUAAGUGAUACCAUCAUCAUCAUCAACAUUUAUUAGCCUUGAUAUUAACAGAAUUUUACGGAGUACAGCGUGUUGUUAGGCAAGGAGACCUCAAGAAACCAGCAGGCUUGUAGCCGCCUCGACGUCACAAUAUGAUAAGAACUAAGAGCUGCGAAGGUGUGUGGAUAGGAUAAUUCAUUAACUAUUUCAAUAAAAACUUUACCACUUCGUUCUUAAAGAUAGGGAUGCUUGACAAGCAUGUAAUUGAUACAGGAAGACAAUUCCAGAUUUUUGGUCCUUGGUAAAGAGUUGUGAAUUUCUUGAUGUUCGUACGACAGGACUGCACUCGAUAAUUACUGGCUGUUCUUGUGUCAUAUCCAUGAAUUUGAGUGUUUGUCAUAAACAGAUUGAGAAAGAGUGGAUUAUAUUUGCGUGAAUUAUUUGACAACAUAUAUGUAAAGGAGACCUGAGUGUUUAAUGUCAUAAUGGGAAAUGCAUUGAUGUAGAGAAAGUCAUUAUAAGGAACUGGUUAUGAAAGCCGGCAAACUUCAAAGGAACAAACAAAUAUCACAAGAUUUACGUUGGAAGGCCCACGAUCCUGCACGGUCUUUUGUUUUGAGCACAUAUACCAGUUUAGCCGAAUAACGUCACCGUCACGUUUCUAUUGGUCAGUUCCUUGAGCACUAAUCAUGACCUAUUGGGUUCUGUGCAUGGUCAGGCCUAAAAAGCGACCGAAAACAUAGAACAAAGCCCUUUGUCAAGUUGUCUCUGCAUUUGUCUCUGCAUGCGUACAUGGCUAAAGCCUUGUACGGAAAGGAGAGUGCCAGUUGGUAGAAGGAAUGAAGGGAACGUCUGACAGGGAAGCGCUUGUUCGAGCCUUCCUGGGUUACCUCCUUUUAGCUUCUGCAGCAGAUGAAUUCACGUCGAAUGUGGUAGCAUCCUCGCGGAUGAUCGGAGUGCUUACGCAUGGACACCAGCCAAGAAAACUGUCAAAGUUAGGUAUCAUUAUCUUGAAUAACGAAACUCGUUGCUGUUUGGUUUGCCCAUCAUGCGUUGACAAAACUCUGUUUACCAGCAUUGCAUUAACGAUAUUUUGCUUUAGUUCUUAGAGGUUUUACCUUCCAAAACCAAAUCUGUCUAUCCAACUGUAGACUUCUCUCAGAGAAAAAUCAUUCCCAGCUUUUUGGUCCUCUUGUCUUUGUUUUUCGCAUCUUGGGUCAGUUGGAUCCCAAACUUCCUCUGAAAAACAUGAACCCAGGAAAGGCAGCAAAAGAAAAGCCAGGAACAGCAUCCUACUCUGUUAGGAAAACAAAAUAAUUUUUUUUUUAUAAUUAAUAGUCUUCCUUAACCACGCUCAAUCUAAGUACAUUCACUCUUCCUUAGAUGGUCGCAUGAUUGUGACCUUGUUUGAACGACCUUGGCGUUGUGGCAGUCGCAAUCACUUGGCGAUCAAUUUGGUUGAUGGAACCAGCACCAUCUCAGUGUAGCCAUGACGAUCAGAUGCCUCUCUUGUUUUCCUAAGUUUUUUACUUUCUUUUUAAGAAAAGGGAGGGAGCGUGGCCGAGUGGUUAGAGCGCCGGAUUUGAAAUCGGCAGGUCCCGGGUUCAAAUCCCGUUCUGACUGCUAGCUGAUGUUGUUCUCGGCAGUCCCGAGUUUGACUUCUCGGCUACGCUUGUUAAUAGCCAACUGGUCUGCCUCCCGCUAGCCUGCGUAGCAGGCGUCGAAAGGGGUAGGGGGUAGGGGAUAGGGAGGAAGGGAAAAAGGGGAGGGGGAUUGGGGAGAGGGGGAGGGGACGCCUGCUCUAAGAACCCCCUUUUGUUCAUAUCUGCGGACGCUGGCGUCCGCAAAUUCCUGAUUGGCUGAGCCGUAAUGAGUAACAUAUUGAAAUGCGCGUUUCACAAAUCAACAAACAGUCGAGAUGGCAGCGGUAGACGUGGAUGUCGUAGAGAGUGCUUUGAGAGAUGUGAAUUUAUCUAGUGGUAGAGAAACUGUUUUAAAACCAGAGCAAGAAUCAGCAGUAAGGGCUCUUUUAGCCGACAGAGAUGUUCUGGCGGUUUUGCGGACCGGAUACGGCAAGAAUUUAAUUUACCAAAUGUUUGUACGCGCGAAGAACUACGAGCUAAAUGGUAAUGCGGCGAUUCUCGUCAUUUCGCCACUGAAAAGUAUUAUCGAAGGCCAGUUGCAGGAGAUGGAAUUGUUGGGCUACCCAGCGAAAGAUUUAGCCAAUUUAUCAAGGUUCUGCGAUUAUACUGAGCAAAUGUUAUUUUAGCCGCAUGUUUCACUCAUCGAUUGACUGUAGUUAUUGUUUUCUGGUCGGCAGGAUUUGCCCUCUGAUGCAAGCGAAAUUUCUUUGACCUCUUUUGAAGCGUAAAGCUUUUUUUAUUACGGCUGAAUAAGGGUUCCAAUUUUCUCCAAAGUGCCUUCUGGAUCUGAAUAACUAAGCGAAUUUCUUUAGUCCGUGAGUGUAAUGCUUUUCUGCAAUGGCUAGUGUAGCGACACUUGAUUGACAGUAAGCGUAAUCGGAUUACUAGAAAAUUGGUAGGCGUUAUGCAAAAACAUAGGCUCUUAGAGCAGGCGCUCCCUUCCCUUUUCCCUUUCUCCCUCCCCCCUCCCCCUCCCCUUUUUGCGCCUGCCACGCAGGUUAGCCUCCCGCCAGUUGGUAUACUUAACCUGGUUAUGUUUAUCUGAAUAUUUAUUUAUCAUUGUUUGUCUACCUUGGUCCUGAAAAGACCCAAUGGGGAGUGGUUAAUAACGUAUACAUACAUGUACAAAAGUUAGUAACAAGGUAAAGUUUUGUUUGCUAUUACAAUUGUUUAAAGUUCAGUCAAAUAUUCUAAUUUUUUCCAAUGCUAAAAGAUUAUAUGACUUUUCGUACGAAUAAAUCACCGAGUUUUGUGACUAAAAUGAAUGAAUGGUCAUUUUUAGGUGCUAGUGUUAAACAAACAAAAAGGUAGAGAUAUCAAACAUUACCUUGGUGUUUAGGGGUAUAGAAUUUCUCAAUCAUUUUGAACCGUUGGAAAAUUAAUCAUAUCUCCAUGCUUUGGAAUUCGGACCUCUGAACUUUUUUUUUAAAUUUUUUUAAAUACAAACAAUACAGUGUUACAACAAAUAAAAAAAAAUAGUAGUACAAAAAAAGAGAGGUGUCACAGCUGAUUCUUAACAAUAGAUAAUAUAUAAUAUUUACGAUAAUAUAUGUUACAAACAAGUACAAUAUAUUCAGGCUUGUACAAUUGUAUAUAGCUGGGGGAAGGGCAACAUAAUCACGUCAAGUUACAACUUCAAAUAGAAUUGUCUUAACUUAUUAUCCCGAGUGAUUUUAUAAUUGUUUUGGAUGCAGUUCACCCAAUUGUCAGUAACUUCAGGGCAUUUUUUUCGCCAUGAUUUAAUCGCUGUAGGUUCUGUGUUAAUUUCCUCGACAAAAAGUUUAUAAAACUGCUUGCAGAAUGUUUUCUUUAAAUUGAGAGUGACAUCUUUAGAUAUUUGGAAAUCGAGGUUUUCGCAAAUUGAGUUCAGAUUCCCAAUGUCCAUAUGGGCUGAUGCGUAACUUUGGAGAUAAGGGGGGAAUAGCUGAGGUGAUUUGGUAGUAUUGUAGAAAGUUAACUUUGAUUUUAUAUUUAUCGCUGAAUUCUUGUGGCGAAGAUUGUUAUCAUGAUUGUUUAGCAAGUCUUGCACAAAGAGAACAUUUUUAUCCCGCCAGGCCUUCCAAAAGACCGAUUUGUUUUCAAUAUUUAUAACUCUGUUGUUCCACAAAAUGAAUUCGCGUUUCAGUGGAUCUUCGUAAUUGCUACGCAGUUGUUGAAAGUACUCAAGGAGUUCUCGAUAGAACAGGGGGAUUUUUCGGUCUAGUUUCCCGACACUGUAGUUGCAGUUUAGAAGAAAAAGGAGUCCGCCAUGUUUAUAUCGAAGUAGUGAUUAGGGAUUGCCGUCCAAGGGUCAUGAGUGUUAAGAGUCUACUAAUCCAACUGAGACGUAGUCCUUUUAUAACAGUCCUCAAGCAGGGGAAGCUUAGCCCACCCUUAGAUAAGGGCCGGAACAGAACCUGUCGCUUGAUCUCAUCUGUCUUAUUCUUCCAUAGAAAGGCAAAUAGUUUACUUUGGGUUUGUUGUAUUACUGUUUCUGGAACAGAAAGCAUGGAGGCAGUAUAGAUUAGCUGAGACAAACCUAGAGAUUUUUCAAGCAUAUUUCUUCCAAAGAGCGUCAGGUCUCGCGGCCGCCAUAUAUUGAGCUUUGUUUCCAUUUUCCUUAUUUUGAUAUGAAAAUUAUUGUUGUUGUUGGCAGCUGCAUCAUGGGAAAGGUAAGUUCCAAGAAAUUUUAUGGGGUCUUUUGGACACUGGAAUUUUAAAGGUUCUAUCUUGUUUUUACUCGAAGUACCAAUCCACAAGGCUUUUGUUUUCUCUUUAUUUAAUUGCAAACCGGACAAUGGUCCAAAUGAAGUAACUAUAUUCAUGGCAUUUCUUAGUGGCGUGGUAUCUUCAAGGAUCAGGGUUGUAUCAUCCGCAAACUGUGAGAUCUUGGCAGUUUGUCCACUUGGAAGUUCGAUGCCCCGGCAGAGUUGGUCUUGGCGUAUUUUGAGGGCUAGCAUUUCAACCGCUAACACAAACAAUAGAGGACUCAGAGGACACCCUUGACGGACGCCUCGAGAGACUUUAAAGUAAUUGGUCAUGAAACCCGAGUACAUCACGCCACUUUCGACAUUAUAAUAAAGAAUGGAUAUCCACUUUCUAAUAUUUUUGGACCAAAGUUGUAUAAUUCAAUAAAACCCGCAUACAAGAACAUGUGGAUUAAGAACACCCAGGCUGAAAUUUGGUAAAAAAGGAGCAUAUAUAUAAGAACACAUUCAGCCUGAAAAUUGAAAAUUGUUCUUAUAUAUAAAAACUCUUCCCUUUUCUGUUUAAUAGAACAGUGUCUGUAGCUCUACUGUGGUAUUGCACUAAGAUCUCUGUAUAAAUGCUAGUAAUUUCACUUGCUGUGUAUAGCAAAUGUACAACAACUGUAUUUGGAAUUAAAAGUCUUAUAAUUACAUGAAAAAUAUGCAAUAAAAUGAAUGUCACCAUUUGUCAAAGUGUCAGUCACAUCCUUUAUUUUCAACAGACAGGGCAAUGAUUGGCUCGGUUGUGCAAUUUAUUUUCUAAUGUUGUGUGUCUCAAGUUUAAUUUUCUCUCAAAGUUAUGUAUUUCAUCAUAGUUAGUAAGUAAAAAAUUAAGAACACUUAAGAACACUUUCUGGCUGAUUUCACCUAAAAUACCCAAUAUAUAAGAACCCAAUCGGCCUGAACCCCGAAAAUGGGUGUUCUUGUAUGCGGGUUUUUAACAUUUGAGGAGAAAGUUCCAUUCAAUGGUGUCGAAGGCCUUACGAAAAUCAAGAAACAGUGGGAUGCCUGGGAGAUUUUUAGCUUCUGUGUAUUCCAUAAUAUCAUUUAAAAGCCGAACAUUUUGGCCAAUGAAUCUACCCUUAAUGAAGCCUGACCUUACCACAGAAGCCGAUACGACAUUCAAAUGCUUGAGCUAGUGAGCCACCAUAAAUGUCAAGAGAAAGUCAAUGUUUAUUUAGUUAUUGUGGGAUUAAACAGAUGUAUUAUCCCUUUUGAAAUAAAAUGUGACUAAAAUGGUGGAUUAGAAUUAAAUCAUUUGUACUGCCAAAAUGAAAUGAGCCACGAGAUGAUCCUCGAAGUGUCUCUGAGGCCGUGAACCGCGAUUCACCAAAUCGACAAAAAACCCUUUUUAAGUUCUUUUUUUUUAAGAUGCUUGACGUUCUUUGCGGCAGGUUUCCACUCGAAGCCAUUGUCAGGGUAUAAAUGUAUUCUUUAAGUAAGACGUUCUUUAGAAAUAAGAUAUUUAACAUAUUCUCAUUUAUCUUUGAUAGUUUCAAGUAAAGCCUUAUACUACUGUAUUAGAAAUAAUCUUUAAAUUCGAGCCUUCGCCGAUCCACGGCAUCAUCAGAUGAUCUGUAAACUGUGGUUAAACCCUAGGUAUCUGCACAGACUUGUAUUAGCCCUUUACUAUACAUGGUACAGUGUAAUGACAUUUUCUAACUAUUUUUGUUUCGCAAGGGAUUGGCUGCCUUGGUAUCGAGGACCAUUUGCUACAUUGAUAUCACUCUGAUCAUUACGGUGAUACAAAAUAUCUGCCUUGAUAUCGUGUUAUUAACAUAAUCUACGAGUUUCUACCUUGAUAUCCGCUCACUACUAUCGGGACAAAUUGUUUUAUUCAUUGAUAUCGCAUUUUAAAUAACCUGCGAGAUAGACCAUUUUAUUUAAAAGAAAAACACUUAUUUAACUGUUCUGAUCGAGUUAAACUCAUCGACUGAUCAAAAGAAUGCGUCUUUUUCGAAAUAUCCAUAACGCACAAGUAUAUAAAUUUUAACCGAAGAAGCCAAGGGCAUUACCUCACUUAUACACAAAGCUAAGAUUCCCUGGACGAAAAUAAUGAAAAAAAUCCAGUCGAGGACAGAAAUACUCAAACUGUCUGCACAGUAAAAUGACUCUCCAUAAGCUUCAUUUAAGUUCUGUUUUCUACCUUGAUAACCACGUUCUAAAACGUACCUGUAUGCAGGCUGGCCUUUGGACCAUGAACAGGGCAAGGAGAAUUUAAACCUAGGUAAGAAACAGGAUAAUGUUCUCGAAACGAAACUUGAGAGAAUCUAAGCUCAAUAAAAGUGUAAUUUGCGACCUACUUACAAAAUGAAAUCCCUUUUGGUUCAGAUCGUAUGACUUCAAACGAGUGAUGGAGUACAAUGAGAUUGCCUCAACUAAUUGCGCUCUUUUAUGUGAUAGGAAAAUGGUGUCAACAUUUUGACCCGAUGAACCUAAGAAAAUUGCAUUACCGCCAUAUUGCGCUCUUUAAAGUGAUCUAAAAAUGGUGCCAACAUUUUAACACCAUUGAACCUAAGAAAAUUACAUUACCGCCAUAUUGCGCUCUUUAAAGUGAUCUAAAAAUGGUGUCAACAUUUUGACACCAUUGAACCUAAGAAAAUUACAUUAUCGCCAUAUUGCGCUCUUUAAAGUGAUCUAAAAAUGGUGUCAACAGUUUGACACCAUUGAACCUAAGAAAAUUACAUUAUCGCCAUAUUGCGCUCUUUAAAGUGAUCUAAAAAUGGUGUCAACAUUUUAACACCAUUGAACCUAAGAAAAUUACAUUAUCGCCAUAUUGCGCUCUUUAAAGUGAUCUAAAAAUGGUGUCAACAUUUUGACACCAUUGAACCUAAGAAAAUUACAUUAUCGCCAUAUUGCGCUCUUUAAAGUGAUCUAAAAAUGGUGUCAACAUUUUGACACCAUUGAACCUAAGAAAAUUACAUUAUCGCCAUAUUGCGCUCUUUAAAGUGAUCUAAAAAUGGUGUCAACAUUUUGACACCAUUGAACCUAAGAAAAUUACAUUAUCGCCAUAUUGCGCUCUUUAAAGUGAUCUAAAAAUGGUGUCAACAUUUUGAACCGAUGAACCUAAGAAAAUUGCAUCACCGCCAUAUUACACGGUUGUCCGCUUUGACACCACGGUACCAGUAGCACUUCAGAAUCCUCAAUAAGCACUACCAUAAGAUUCCAUAAUAACUUUGGAAAAGAAAUUGGAAAAUUUACUGCGAUGAUCAUUCUUCACUUUCAUAAUAACUUUUACUGCGAUGAAGCGUCAGAAGGAAGUCCAUAGCUAGAAAUUGUUGACGGCAAGCGAUUCGGGCAGAUUGCAUUCUUAACUUGAGGGCCCAGAGGAUGUUAAAACUGAGAUUUUUAAACCUCUUUUUCAAAAAGUGCGUCUUUUUGUCCAGUUUUAAAUUCUCUUAGCUCAUUGUGACUCUAUCAGCCAGCCACAUACCUAUUUUUCAUUUAUCAGAUAGGACUUUUGCUCCUAAUCUUAAAAAAAAAAAACCGUUGUGCAACGUUAGAAAUUUCUAAUUUAAUAAUCGAAUCAUUUUAAUUUCUAACUGGGUCUUGAUUUUGUUUCUAAAAUGAAAAGAAAACUAUAAAAAGGUUUUAAACCAUUGCGCAAUACCGUUAAGAGGAUCAUUAUGUUGCUCGCAGUUCCUUUAAAAGUUCAACUGAGUCUGUAUCCGUGUAAACAUUUACUUGUACGUGUGGUUUCAAAUUGCAAGUAUUUACUUGUACAUGUAGUCUCACUAAAUUAGUAUAGGUAAUAGCAUGAUUUGUAGUGAUAUUUCGAAAUUGUUAUACGAAAUAUCAGGUAUUUCAAAUUAAGCUGAAAUACCACUGCUCUAAGCCAAUCAAAUUGCAGAAAUUUCUCAUGUGGUAGUGUAAACAUUGUAAUUUCAAAAUAUACUUUCACCCCGACCAUGUCAUGUAGGAACAAAAACAAUCUCUUUUAUUCUGGCAAUGUCAUUACCGCAGUAUUACACAGUUGUCUGCCUAGACGUCUUGGUACCUGUGACACUUCACAAUCCAUAAUAAGUACCGCUAUAGUAACUUUAACAGAACAUACGUUUUUGUCGGAUAUGACGUUUACUUCUCAACUUUUUAAAUAAACUCCAAAGUAGGUUGAGUUUGAUCGUCCGGGUGAACUUAGUCCUGAAUAGGACUGUUGUUGUUGACAGUGACUGACGUUUCGACAACCUGUGCGGUAGUCAUCUUCAGAGUCAAAGUGACUUGUAUCACGUCAGUUGAUGGUAUUAUACUCUGGUUAUUGAUUUGAUUGGUCAAUUACGUCGUGUUGUUAUUGGUCGUCUGUCAGUUAAGCCGUGAUGUUAUUGGCUAUGAAGACUCGUAAUCAGUAAUUGGUGCGUUUCGAUCCCUCUAUUGUCACAGUUGUACAGUCGUCUAUUGUUAGUCAAAUUGUCAUUCUCUCGUAGUUUGUUUUGCUUGAUCUCGUCAAUAAGCGUUUGUACGGCGCUGGUAACUGUUGGCUACGAUUCAGUGGCGUUUGUUCUAAGUUAGUAAACCAGCUUUCUAAAGUAAGACGUUGAUAGUAGUCAGUAGAAUACGUUAUACAUGUCGCAGAGUCGCAGUCAAUUUGAUGUUUCGUCUUUGAAUGGUGCUCGGCAAUGUGAUUGUUGACGUCACCAUUCUUCGUAGCUCGUUUGUGUUCGGUCAGUCGGUUUCUGCCGGUUUCACCAAUGUAAGAAGCCUGGCAGUCGCAGCAUUUGAUCUUGUAUACUACUCCCUGUCUGUCCUCCGGUUUGUGUUUGUCCUUGACAUUUGUAAGCAGUCGCCGUAAAGUGGUUAUCGGUUUGUGUGCAACACGUACAUUGUAAGGUUGUAAUAUACGUGCAAUAGUUUCAGAGGUGCCUCUGAUGUACGGUAUAGUCGCUGUCGUAACAGGGCCAAAGUUGGUCUGAGUGUUGGAAUCAGUGUUACUGUGAGUGUUCCGUCUAACAAAGUCCCUGCUGUAAUUGUUCUUACUAAAAACGUUGUUAAGAUAAUCAGUCUCGUCUUGUAGGCUGUCAGGUGAGUCACAAACUAGUUGCGCUCGUCUCGUCAGAGUCCGGAUAGUAGUAGCCUUGUGAGAGGUCGGGUUGUACGAAGACUGGUCUAGUAAUCGGUCGGUAUGUGUCGGUUUUCUGUAAAUAGUCGUUUUUAGUUUGUUGUUGUCGCGAGUGACCAAGCAGUCUAGAAAAGGUAUCUUACCAUUUUCUUCAAUUACAACACGGACUUGACUCCUGUGUUCAAACCUUUCACAGUUUUAAAUAAACUCUUGUGCAACAUUGAAAAUCUAUCACUAAUCGAUCUAUUCCAUUUUACUUUCUUACUCAGUUUUGACUUUAAAUAAAAAGAUAAAUCUCGUAGUUGUCCUACUCAGAAAAGAAAGUUUUCUGAAUCCCAAUGAGGAAUCGAAGCCAUGACCUGUCCAGAUUGCCGGUUGGACUGCUCUUCCACUGAGCUAUGGAAGACCUGAGUGGUGAGCGAGGUCAUUUUAGCUGGGGGUGUUGAUUUGGUCCCUAAAAUAAUCACAAAGAACAUUAACGGAUUUUAAAAAAAAAACAGUGCGUUAAGAGGAUCAUCAUAAUGCUUGCACUUCCAAUAAAAGUAGUUUUGCGGUUUCAUUAAAUUAACAUUGUUAUUUUUCACAGUAUACUUUCGCCCCGCCCUUGUCACGAAGGAACAAAGACAAUAUCUCUUGAUUUAAGGCAAUGUGACGUUUCAUUUUCGCCACUAGUUAUAUGGCCAUGAAACUUGGGGUAAAAUUCAAUUUCGUUUAGAUGAUUAAGUGGAACGCUUUUCGGUUUUUGAAGAGGCACAAGCGGGUGCCAGCAUUUUAAGGUAUCAUGGUAGGUGAAUUGACAGUGUUUGGACAUCACGCUCUUACGCUGGCGCUUUGAGAGAAAAUUCCAUCAACCUAUACAUUUUCUGAAAGCUUAAUAGCUAUGGAAUACAAUCAUAUCUUUGAAUUUUUAUAAAAAGUUAUUGUCGCAGUGAUAUUAAAAGAAAUACCCAGAAACACUGCUUCACUUAAACUGGUUCGCUUCCGCCCAUGAAUUAUCGGAGCGGCGCCAUUAACAUCGGAAAUGUUUUCUCACACAUCACCCUCAAAAAGGGUGUGGGCGAUUUUCCAGAUAUGGUUUGUUUUUUUUUCCUACACCUUCCUGAAGUGUGAUAUUUUCAACGCGGGCGUUUCCUUCCACUAAAGAGGCCAUAACUUUGAAACGGAAGCGAAAUUAAACAAAGCCCGACACGCUUUUUCGAAGGAAGUAUCCUGGAACAUACCUGUCGAUUUUCAGCCAAUUCCGUCGGAAGACGGGCGUAAACGAACUAAAAAUGUUCAUCCAUAUAUGCAAUUUUAUUUUAUCGAGAAAAAGACGAAAAACCUUUUAUGAGAUUGGUAUGGCCGGGUGUUAACAAUCCCCUACGCACUGACAGAUGUCGGCAUGGGUCAGUUUACCACAACAAUGGGCUAUGACAACUUGAACUGGCGCGGAAACCCGUCGCAGUGAAAUCGUCUGAGAAGCUACGAACUACCAACAGCUUUAUACAGGUUUGCAUUUAACCUGCCGUAAUAUCUUUUACUAAGAAGAUUUCGUCGGCGGCAUUGGUAUUAUGUUGCUCGAGUUUAGGCCUCUUGGUUCUCCAGACAUUUUUUGAAACCAUGCCAAAAAGAGGAAAUCUCGUGGUCUGCCGAUCGUCUACAUCUACAUCUGCGCUUGACUCUCUCGUUGUGGAAGUUUCGGAAUCGCGUCCGUUCUCCAGCAAUUUCGUGCGACUAGCACUUGUUGUAUUUUGUCCUUCAGCUUCUUUGGCGAGACCGUGUCGUCGAGUUCCUUCAGCCAUUCUUCUUAGUUACAGUGCGACCCCGGCGCGGUUGCUCAGAUCAGAGCCAAAGAUCUUCUUCAACGCUGAACCUGUGGGUUCCACCAGAUUUUCACCUCUUCGGCUUCUUCGCAGACGAAAAUGGGCAAGAUGUUUUCUUGCGUUUUCGUCCUAACAUAAAGAAGAUUUGACAAGAACGAAAGCUAACUUGCGAUGAAACAACCAGAUCGAGAACACUUCGCGUUCACAAAUAAAAUAUCACACCGCAAUUCACAUUACAUGCGACAACUGGCCUUGAAUUUUAAUUAGAGGUGUGAGCGCACCGUUAGAGAUUAAUGAGAUUCAAAAAUAGUUUUUUCUGUUUCUUAAAAAGUAAAAAAGCUUUCUUCUCCAUUCUUUGUUCAAAAUAUUUAUCUCAGUCUUCUCAAUUUGAACAGCGAAAAAAAGUUUUUUCGCAUUUUUCGUAAAAAUACACCUACCAUGAUACCUUAAACUGCGGGGCCUGACAUAAUUAGUGUUUCUCCAUUUAUUUACAGACUAAUUGAUUUUCUUUUUAUCCUUUGGUAGAGCUUUAAUAUCGGGUCACUUUUCUGUGAAGAAAAGAUUUUCUUCCUCGAUGUGACGUAGAUGACAGUAACAUUUUCGACAUUACUACUAGUGGAAUCUGAGAGAUUCAAAGAUGUACUGAGAGUUGAAAAUUCAAUUCGUUGUAGCCGGUACCUAAUGGUCUUUUUCAUGGUGUUGAGCGUUUUUUUUUAAAAUACUUCAGACCUUUACUUUUUGCCUUUCCGUGUAUAUUUUAGAUUUGGACUUUUGUGUCUUCACAAAACCGGAGCAACAACUGCGCAAGUUUAAUCGCGGGUCAAAUAUGAGUUUAUUUCAUAUAUCACUGUCGAUCAAAUUCCUUUUCAGGGAACAAAGAACCCACUAAAGUUUGCCUCGCUCUUAACAUGUGGCUUUGUACCUCAGUUGGUUGACUCUAUCAGCCAGCCACAUACCUAUUUUUUAUUUAUCAGAUAUGACUUUACUCCUAAUCUUAAAAAGAAACCCUUGUGCAACGUUAAAAAUUUGUAAUUGGGUCUUGAUUUCGUUUCUAAAAUGAAAAGAAAACUAUAAAAAGUUUUUCAAACAUCGCGGAAGGAUCAUUAGAUUGCUCGCAGUUUGCCUUUCCGUUUAUAUUUUAGAAUGGGACUUUUGUGUCUUCACAAAAGCGGAGCAACAACUGCGCAAGUUUAAUCGCAGGUCAAAUAUGAGUUUAUUUCAUGUAUCAUUGUCGAUCAAAUUCCUUUUCAGGGAACAAAGAACCUACUAAAGUUUGCCUCCUUCUUAACAUGUGGCUUUGUACCUCGGUUUGUUGUAGCGCCAAACCAGUAUCUAUAUCUAGGAGGCAUGAGUUCGAGACAAGUGGAAGCCAGAACAUUUUUCUGACUUCAAUUUUUGCGAUGCUUGAACUGCAUUUUACUUACGAGGAUCAAUUUGUCACUGAACCAUUUUAAUAGGGAAAAUUACGGUUUUAGUUUAAAGCGGCAAAAACCGGGUGCAAUUACUGAACCUAACACCGUACAACAUGUUGCCAUUUAACUGUUAUUAGUGAGUGAGUUACGCAACAGGACGGGAGAGGAAAGAAGACGGCAAACCUUGUGUGACAAGCGUGACAAUAAUUUUUCUGGAAAAACAUUUCCGCCGAACUGCAUUCUCCUUUAAACAGCUCUUUUUGUAAAAGACCAGAAAACAUUAACUUAAGUGAAGGUCACAACAAAACACGCAAGGAAUAGCCCUGUCACGUUUGUCACACAGAAGCGUUUUGCAGUCGUCUUCUUUCUGCCGUCCUGUUGCGUAAACUCACUAUUGUCAGAGAAAGCCGGGCAGUACCAAAAGAUCGAGGUCGGCUCUUUACGUUCAUCUUUUCACAGUAUAAAAGCUAUCCGAAAAGAUUAACAACCAUCACAUUGCCGAGGUAGGCGUUCGUUUCUCAAACGGUCGAAAGCCGUGGCCAAACGAUCGCAACAUGCCAACGUAUUAUUUGGCAUUUAGAUUUUUAAAGGGGUGUCUUGAAAGCAAAGACCCCCACCUAAUGACUCUGAACUUUAUUGAUUAGGGUUAGGAAUUAAACUGAGUGAAUCAGGUUCCAUUUAAGUCAUUAUACUGGCCAAACUGACCAGAAAGUUGAUUAACUCUGAGUUUUCUAACCCUAAUCAAUAAAGUUCAGAGUUGUUCUUUGUUUUCAAGACACCCUUUUUAAAGGAAAACAAACUGUAUUUCACAGACAUGUCACAGGUGGCUGCAUUGUACCAGGAGCACCAUGAUAUUGAAGGGAAAGAUGAUAAGCUCUGUAAGUGGACAGAUGCUGAUGCACUGGAAGCCUAUGAACAGAAUCUGUUUAAAAUUGGAUCAGACAAUACCGUAGCAGACAUGCUUGAAUGUUGGCAGAAUCCUGUGUUUCCAGCACCGGCAAGGGUGAGAUCAAAAACUGAUUGACUAUCUUUGUAGAGCAGUUCCUUUUUCUAGACUAGAGAUAAUGCCGAUAAUAAAUUGGAAUUAACGUCCAGGUGUCCAGGGUGGGUGUGACUGAGGGGGAGGAUGGUGAUAAUUAUUGUAGCAUGAAGUUAAAUAGAAUUUUUAGUUAACACAGUUAAGAACAAGGAGUGCGGGCAUGGUCAGCAGUCAGUCGUUUGGCUCAAGCUUGGUCAGCCUUGCUUGCAUCACCUCCAUGUGCUCAGUACAAUGUCUUCCUGGCUGCCACUCUCUUAGUUUAGCCUUUGGAUCAUUCUUUUACCCCUAUCCCUCCCCCCCUCUUUAUUCUUCCACCAAUAAAUCAUUGUGACAGGUGCCUGGUUCCAUUGGCGUGAGGGUUCAUGGCUGGAGGGCGCCAGUUUGCCAGCCAUGGUGGCGUAACUCUGUCUAGGGGCUGGCUGUGCCAUAGGUGGAAGCCCCUGGACAUCCCGGACACCCACCUCCACUAGCGACACAGUUGUUAACUGUUUGGAAUUAAGGGCUGUGGAAACUGAACCCAACAACAUUCAUAGGAAAGUAGAAGAAAAAUAGAACCAAAAAUUUUUAGUGACAGCACUGAAUUAUUUUCAAAUUGCACUUAGAGGGAUGAAAUGAAACCAGUUACAGUCAGGCGAGGUCAAGCGUACCCCCAUAGAUUCCAUUUAUGAAUUGAUUGUUUGAAAUAUGAAUUAAUUUUCUGUUACUUCAACCAGAUCUGCAGUCCUGCAGGCAUUUUGAGCAGUGAGGUUUCAAGGAUAAUCUCAAUGUAUUUGGUCACAUUGAAAAAUCUUUGAAUGGAUGAAUUUUUUUUCCAGACAUUUACAUCAAAUUCGAGAAAAGUGAGGUGGUAGAAAAUUUAUAACUGCCUUGCGUGAAAAUUCGUUGCUCAUAAUGCAUGCUGGAAUGCAGAGAUGAAGCUGAAAUGUACAGCUACCAACGGAUUCAGCUAUCGCAUAAUAAAUUCAUUAAUGGCAUCUUUAGGGUUAUGCUUGAUCUGGCGUGACUGUAAUUUCCUCAAACAUUUUAGUAAAGGUUGUAGAUGCUUAAACUUCUUGUACCAACUGAUCUGCUUUUGUGUUGUUUGCAUUAAGGACAUACUUAAAGCUAACAAACCAGGCAACUGUGCCAGGAACCAGAUCUCAGUUCAUAAUGUGGUUCACCCAUAUCGCUUUACCAGAGACAUGUUGGCAGGCAUGAGGGUAUUGCAACAGCUAGAUGAUAAGUUCAUCGUAGGCGUUUUGUCGCAAGAAGGUAGGAUUCAUUAAAAGUUUGAUGCCGAGAGAGCCGAUAAUGUUACAUCAAUUACUUAUAACCAAUGUGGGAAUAAAUGUCAAAAAGUAUUUGGAGUGGUUGUCUCUACUUCAGUUCUUUUCACUUGAUGCUGUCAAGGGAGCAAGGGACCCCUAAGUACACUGUAGAAGGCAACUCCUUGUAUAGUAAAAUAAUAUUCAAGACCACGUUUUAACCCCUCUACUCUUAAGAGUGGCCCACAGAAUUACCAAACUUUUCUUUGUUAAAUGCUGAAAAUUAAUACAAACUGUACCUUGUGAGAGUUCUGCUGAAGAGGUUUCAUUUGAAUGGUAACACCAUAGGAUUUCAUCCACAGAUUCAAAAGUUAGAACUACAUACUAAGUAAAUAGUACCAUGUGAAAGUACUGCUGAAGAGGUUUCGUUUGAAUGUUCAUGCCAUAGGAUUUCAUCCACAGACUCAAAAGUUAGAAACAACUUACAUGACCCCAUCACCCACUCUGGGAGGGAAAGAGGCUCCUGUUUGCAGUAAAGGCAGUAGCAAUGACAUCUGUAAAUCACUUAUUCUAUUUACUGGCAGGGUUUUAAACUACUUUCAGUAAAUGAGUGAUGAACGUCUGUUAUUGCAAAGAUUUUGUAAUUUGGGAGAAAGGUUGUCCCUUGAAUAUUGUUCCCAAUAUAUAAUACAUUUACUUAAGAAUCAUUCAAGUCAUACAAAUAGGGUAGUAGAGGGUAGUGAAAUUUAUGUAAUGAACUGGACAAGGAUUUAAAGAACAAAUGAUAGAGCAAAUCAGGUCAUGUCCUACCACCUCUCUUACAUCAUUAUUUAAAAAAAAAGAACAAAUUUUCCGCCAUUUUUAUUUUAUACAUGUACUGUACGCUAUGUGUUGGGAAAAAAAGACAAAACAAUAGAACUUUAGACAAACAGGAGAUUAACCUAUGGUUUGUAGUCUACCUGAUGCAUUACAAGGCAAAAGCAAUGUAGACACUUAUAAUUAAUUAGCUGGAAGAGGCUUUCUGCAAGGCCAGUUGUUGCACAAAUGAACAAGUCGUUUUUAUCUUAGGACAGGACGAUGGCUUGCUGGUUUUAGUAGAUCAACAUGCUGCUCACGAGCGUGUUCGAUUAGAACUUCUACAGUCAGGUAGGUCUAAAAGUCUUCAGUGUUUUAAUUGUUUCUUUGCCUUUUCUUAUUGCUCAGUAUUGAUCGAUUGAGCAAGAAAAAUAAACUAAAUUUUGACAUAAAAUGACGAAAAGAAUCUGGGGUCCAUUUCAAAAGACUGCAGGGUUAAAAAAAGAUGCUGUUUCGUGGUCUGGGAUAAUAAGAUUUUUUAACCUUUAGAUUUUUUUGCUGAGCAAGAAACUUUUUAACGUCACGUGCAAGUCAUGAAAUUAUUAACUAAGAUAGGCAAGCAAAAUGAGAGAGCUUCUUCUCCAAAGGACAUGCUAGAGUUCAAUUUUUUUGCGCCCUUAUCAAACUGUUGGUCGUAAAGUAGAUCAUUAUUAAGAAAAUAGGUUAUUGUUAAUGUACAACACUAAGGAAUAGUAAUAGGCCAUUUUUGAGUUCCAGAAACUCUCACUUUCAACACGAGGCCAAGUGCAAAACUUUUCUUGUAAAAAUGAGUUUUAUUUGCAUGACAAUAAAAAAUCAUGUUCAUAUCAAUAGUACAACCUCGUUCCCAGGGAGGGGUGAGAACCUGGGAACGAAGUUGAUCAAUAGUGUCACACUAAGCCUCGGUUUGAAACAGAGGCUUGGAGCAAAUCGGAGAUGGCCUGUUUUUGAAUAGUCUCUCUCGCAGCCGAAAGGGGAGCGUUGCGUGACAUCCAAAAAACGGCUGCGAGAGAGACUAGUUUUUUAAUUGAUUUGUGACGGAUUCCUUUCCACAGAACUGUUUGAAGGUGGCAACAACAGCCAAACUUCAAGUGCAAAACCUCGCAUCAAAUCCUCACCCGUUUCUCCACCAAUGGAGGUUACAUUGUUUGGAGAGGAAAUAAGACUGUUAAGAACAUUUCAGUGCGAAGUGGAGCGAAUUGGAAUACAUUUUGUUAUAAGUGAGUCAUCUGAGGACUCUGAAGAGACAUUGGUGUUUGUUCAUCGCGUUCCUUCUGUGUUAGUUGAACGUGAAGUGUCCGAGGUUAAACGUGGACGGCCCUCUGUCGCUGUUAGCAAAGUGAAGGUAAUCGCGUUCAUAAGAACACAUAGAAUUUUUCGAGCUAUCACAGGCGACUGCUAAUUAGCCGCCCCUAUUAAUUUUAUCAGGGGCACCUCGGCCGUGAAAGUGGACUUCUUUCAACUCGAUUUCGUUUCCAUAAUUUUUCCGUAAUUGACGAACGCGGAUCCGUAAUCAAUGAUUACCUCCAGUAAUAAUUUAUAGGGCUGUGACAAGGCUGUAGUUAGAUAUUGCCAAUUAUACGUCUUUAUACGCUAAGGAAUAGGGAUUCUACAGAGUCUUGAAUUCUUGCUUCAAAUUUGCCCAACAAGUUCCCAAAGGUCUGGAAGAAUGGUAAAAAGUCUUUAUUUUUUUCAAAGCAACCACAAGUGCUUUAUAAGUGAAUGUUUUUUUCGUUUUGGUCAAAUCUUAUUCAAUCUUGCCCGUACGUUUGCAGUGCAUCGUGAAAAUAGUUUUUUUUCUGCGUUUUUAAGGUCUCUAUUGAUCACUUAUUUAAUUGUUUAUUUGUUUGUUUCCUUUUUUUCAUCAAUGUGGCAGCAACGCCGAACGCCGAAGGGCGCUGGUAGUUAGUGAUUAGGGUUAGAAAACUGAGUGAAUCAGUUUCCAUUUAGGGUCAUUAUACUGGACAAACUGACCUAAAACUUGAUUAACUUAGUUUCCUAACCCUAAUCACUAAAUUUUAGAAAUAUUCGGCAUUCGGCUGACAUGAAUUUGUCACUCAAAUGUUUUAAUUUUGUUAAUUUCCUUCAUAAUUAACAUGUAAGUGCUACUAUCUAAUUGUUUUGCUCUUUUAUUUCUCCUUUUAUUCAGGGGCUAAUCAGAGAGCAUCUUAAAGUAAGUUGUUACUAUGUAACAAGUGAUAUUUUUCUUAUUUUGCUCCCUAUUUGAUUCCAUACCUUGUUCUUAGAACAGGUCCACCUGUAUUUAACUUUCUGUCAUAUAUCUUUCUUUCUUUCCUUAAAUUUAUUUAUAGCAUCUAUCAGUAACUUGUGGAGUGCCAGCACCGAUUCCUAAUGUCAUCUCUGAAGUUAUCAACUCCCAGGCCUGUCAUGGUAUGAACACUGUAUGGAGUUAAUAUUUUCCUAUCUUGACGAGAAAAAAGCUUUAACCGAUCUGUUGUUCAUUCGCCACAUUUGCAUUCCCUAUACGUCUUGUCCCCCCACCUCACACAAGAAUUUUCACAAGCAUCCUGCUCUUUUCAGGUGUCCACCUGGCAACUCAAAAACAGCGUUUAAAUAUUAUUCAUUUUGAAAAGGGUUUUUUAAAAAUUGACCUUUUGGGGGACCAUUUAAGCGGGCAUCAAGAAUCUCCGCACACGAAAACGGAUGUUUAGUUGCUAAGUACUAGCAAAAACCAAAGGUUAGGGAGUGCGGACGACAGCGAUCAAAGGUCUAAACGCUUUUGCUCCAAUGCUGUGAUUUCCGUAAAUUUCACGUGAUAGAUGGUCAAAUUGCCCUUUGUGCAUUCCAUUCAUUCUUAGUGGAAGUCCGAAAAAAUGCCAGCCACAUACAUGCGACGCAUGCGUAAUAACAACCUGGAGAUUAGGAUUGCGGGCUCCUCUUGUCGCCCGCCAAAAACACCCACAACGUUUUCCGUUUUCUUUUCCGUUUGCUUGUGUUUAGGUGCAGUAAAGUUUGGAGAGCCUCUUGGUGUCAGUGAGUGUCAGGAGCUGAUUGAUCGCCUGUCCAAGUGUCAGUUACCUUUUCAAUGUGCUCACGGCAGGUGGGUGGAGCGCUUACAGGAAGGCUUUAACCCCGUGGGUGGGUGGGAGGCGGGGGUAGCUCUGGUAUAAAAAUGAAGAGGAAACUCGUUGGAAAAUUAGGGGCGAUCUGCACCUAUUUGAAAGAUUGUUUGUGAUUUUCUGGGAAAACAAAAGGGAUUGUGACAUAACAAUGCCCCUAUCCCUGAAAACAAUGGAAGUGCAGAUUAAACGGGGACCAAUGAAAUAAGAGGUUUAGAACGAAAAUUAGAAUUAAAACCGUAAAGGAGACCAGCGUUGCCGUGACCUACGCUUUGUUUCACCCAUAAAGGAGAUCUUAUUCCAACAGAGUCUGACGGCGUUUAUUAUUUUUAUUUACAUGUAAGAAUUUCUUUACGCUUAACUUUAUAUAUACGGGUACAAAAAUUGGCUUUCCGCCCUGAAAAUCCAAAAGAGACCAAACUCCGCAAUUUCUACCUCUAAGCGAGACCACCGCCAUCCCCGUAAUUUUCAUGACGGAGUUCUCCCCACCUCCCUCCCGCCCCGAGGCUCUUUAAACGUGUAAGUCUCGUGUAGUGCAUAAAGUCCCAAAGCCGUGAGCCCAUUUGACGGAAGCUGCUAAGCGGCCCUUUUAUUUCAGUGUAGAUAUAAAGUGAAAGUCAGUAUCGUUCUUUUUCGCGAGAUGCAGUUUAGCCUUCUUGGCUGGCAUUUGAAGGACAAAGGACAACGAGAAUUAAGACGCGCGAGAACACGAAGGUCGCACUCGUGAUGGAGGCAUGCCCAUCGCCUUCUCGCGCGCCUCAAUUCCCUCUUUUGGCUAGUUGAAGGUAGGCUUUCUCUCCGGAGGUAUAUAAUAGAGGUCCUUAUUUAAGCGCCUCGUAAUAGACAUCACCAAUUAGCACCACUUUGGCUUCCACCCAAAGACGCAAACAUGGAACUUUAUUAUCGUUUCUCUAGCAGAUAUAAGGGCUUCGUUACUUUUACGAAUGGUUGCAACAGGUUUAGCGUGAACUCUUAAUUCAAUAUUAUCAUACUUGUACUCAAUAUCUGUCUUUGCAUUAAUUAGUUUGUUUUCGUGCUUAGGCCAUCUGUUAUUCCUUUGGCGGAUCUCACUUUCUUAGGGCAAAAAAUGACAUCUCAGGUGAGGAAGCGGUGGAGUUGCAUUUCUUUAAAACAUUGUCGGGUUUUCAUUUUUAUUUUUUCACUUUUUUGUCUACGUUUUCACUAACCGACAAACAGCCCGCCGUAACACUCCACUUGGCAUCCCCCGACCUCGUCCCCAGGGCUUUUCCCUAAAAAAAAAUGGGAGGGGCCAUUUUUUUAGGGAAAGCCCUAGGGACGAGGUUGGGCAUCCCCAUCAUUCGCCACUUUAGAAAAGAGAGGGAAACUGGGCCGAGUUAACUUUCGCAAAUAGUUCUGGGACUAUUUCUAGAACUGGCCAAUAGCUGACCAGCGCGUCACCAGUAACGCUCCCAGAAACAAUUGUGGGACGCAUUACGGCUCCAGUCCCCUUCUCGUUUCUAAAGUGGCCAAUCACCUUUUUCAAAGGGACAUUUGGCCAAAAUUUUCUUGUCAUCUUAGUGAUAUUUUCCUCUUAUAAACUGACUUGCAGCGGGAGGCUUCUCGACCAAAGAUAGCAAGGCUGCUUUCCAAAGUUGCCCAAGGACACUGAAGAUUUUCCACAACAAGACAUCAGGUCUUUAUCUUGUCACUUUUGCUACAAGUUUGCAAUAGCAUGUCAAGUACGAAUGAACUAACAAGAUGCUCAUUCUCAAACGAUUUUGUUUUAAUGUCAAAAGCUUAUUUUCAUUUGAAACAGUACCUGCUGGAACGGUGUAUUUUAAUGGGUUGGAAAAUUAUUAAAAAUGUCUUUUGUGUAAUCUAUUUUUGCGUGCCAGCUUUUGCAAAUCCAACACGAUAGGAAUUGGUCCAGCAACUUAGCCUAACUUAGGAUUUGUUCACACUAAACCGGAAAACUCUUACGCCGGCACGAAAACAUUACCGCUUAGGGCUUUCAUUCACACAUAAGAACGAUGAUUUCGACCCGAUUUCUGAAACGGAGUGAAGCUUCGCCGAGCCAAUCUCUAAAGUGGAGUGUUUGAUGUCGGAUAGGUUCUGUGCCACACUUUAUGAAACGUAGGAGCAGGAACUGGGAUCUACCGAGACGGAAGUGAAUAUUCAGGAGUGAGGACUGGGAUUUAGUUUACCAAACCCUCUCGGCCAACCGCUCCGGCUCGAUUAUCGAUGUGUGUGAACGACUUAUUCCAUUUCUGUGUCGUUGCUGUUUAUGCUAUACUUGUCUGAACAUAUAGCUUGACUUAGUCCACCGAUUUGUCGGUCAUUAGUUUUGACACUCUGGCUUUCUAUUUCUCAGUCUUAAACAAUUCAGUUCUAAUUUUGUCAGCCAAAGAUCAGCUAAUUCUUGAAGCCAGUGAGACGGGUUUACGAAAACCUAUUCAUCAGUUAGUUGGUUAGAACACCAUUUAUAUUUGUCGAUCAAUCCUUCGCUAUCAUCGGUAAGUAUUUUACUUCGUCAGAGGGAUGGACCUCUCUGAAUUCAAUAAAAGGGCACAAAUACUUAAAAGUACUUUUAUUGCGACAUUUUUGUCGUGUACAGUGAGGUAGGAGUAAACUGAGCUCACUUUACUGUACCAAGAUAUAUCCCAUGGCUUUUAUGUUUUUCCCUCCAUUGUCCGACGUAAGUCCUUUAACAGCGUUGUUCCCACAUGUGUUGGAGUCGUCAGGGUGUCCUGCCGUUCCAAACCCAAUUCUGGAAUCACAGUUACCACAGACUUGUUCGUUAUUUCCAAGGAUACCGAUUCUUGCCUUAGCAAAGGAGCUGUAUUUAGUGGCCGCAUUGAACCCCUCCUUGUUGCAAUUGGUCUGCAGGGAAGCCUUAGAGCCAAUCAGCUUCUUCCACGUGUUACGACCAAGUGACGUGGCGCGAUACUUCCCGUCUGCGAUCAAUGAAUGCAGAGAAGCUGCCUUCUUGUUGAUAACGAUGAACUUGAUCUGCUGGCCGAUCUUCAUACCCAGGCAGAUCGUAGAGAAGGAUGUAUUCCAGUAUGUUGGCAGUUUAGUCUCUUGAUCGUCAAACCCGGUCUUACCUCCUGGAAGGUUAUAGGAGUUCUUGUUACUCCAAAACCCAGAGCUGUAAUGGAAAGUUUUCUGAAAUACAAACAAGAACCAUUAGCUUUACACUAUACACAUAACUUCCGUAUGCCAGGACAAUCGUUUUACCUUUGCGCCAUUAAUCUUCAUGGCCAGCGUCCACCCUCCAUCUCCGCAUCCAAAGUUUCCCAUGUGACAGUAAACAGGAAUCUUUUGCGAACCAAACUUCAGUGUGUACACUUGGCUUUUGGUCGAACUACGAAAAUGAAAAUAGUGACUGUCAGGUUUACUUCACCGAAGAUCAUUUUUGCAUUUCUGGACAACUCUUGUCCUUUCUUGACUGUGCGUCAAAAUCUUGAAGAACAACGUUUUAAGGCUGGUUUUGAAAUAGAAAAGGAUAGUGUCUCUUGGCGAUGAUUGCCUUUUUAUCAAUACUUAUUUGAACUUGUUUAGUAGCCUUAGUUCCCACGAUUCGCCUGUAGCUCGGUGGUAGAGCAUCUGGACUGGUAACCUGAAGGUCAUAGGUUCGACUCCUACUGGAAGUACGCGGAUAUUUUCUUCAGAGCCGCCAGUGUCUUUCAGUUGAAAAUCACCUUUUUCUUGACACUACUUGUAUCUAGGAACUCACUUGUGUUUCUCAUACUGUUCCUGGCACGGGGAAGCGGGAACGGCUGUAUGAAAGUCAAAAAUUCUGGUGUUAAUUAAUAACGACUUCAUACGAGCUUUCUGGCUAAAUAAAAUCCAAAACGCGCGACCAUAACAUUGCUUUGUGGAAAGAGCGAAAGUUUAUUAUAAUUCACUCGCGGGUGUUGUUUUCGUCUGGUUAGAAGCAUUGCUUGUGGCUUUACAAAACCUCACUGAGCUAAAAAGUCGUUCACCACUGCAACAAUUUACCUGGCGCCUGUGUUAUCGCAGGUUUGUUCAAUCCGGCAAUGAGACUUUCCAAUUUCGCUUGUAACAUUUUCAUGGCGUCGUUAGAGCUUGAAUCCUGUAGAAGGUUACACAUCAGGUUGCAUACCAUCAUCUUGUCGUACGGCUUGGGGCAGGAUGGAGAAGCUCCGUCGCCUUUGACGGUCAUUACGAAAAAGAUAGCAAGAAAGGAAGCUUGAAAAAGCAGACGCAUUUUGAGAACUUGAGCUAAACGUUUCUUUUCAACAAGCAAAUAAAGGUUCUGUGACUGACCAGGUCUUGUGACUAGCCCAGGGUUUUACAUCUCUGUUUCCAGCGAAGUAAAAACAGAUGUGUUUGAUAUUUGGGAAUAUUUUCUUGUUUACAGCCUUGUCCAAUCUUAUGUCCAAUCAUCUUACUCCAGGUCUGUUUUGCCUUUACUCGCCCCAGUACCUCCCUGUCUCAUAAGCGACUUGUUCACUCAAAUUUUACUUGUAUUAAGCUUUUUCUCGUUUGAAGAGAUCGUGGUUAAAAAGAACGAUAUUGAGGAAAAGCUAGGAAGAAAAAGACAAGGUCGGUCUCUUUCGACCCGAAUGAAGUCAACAAGUGCCAGAAUGAAAACGAAACUGAUAUCUGUAACUUGGAUGAGAUUCGUCACUUGAGUUCAGCUUCUGAAGUGAUUAUUAUAAUCUCCUCAUCCAGCCUCUGUUUUUGGCGUCUCGCGUUUUCCAUCAAAUCGUGGGUUUUAGGGUUAGGGUUAGCUCGAACAACUACGACCACGAUGAAGUAAACGAGAAAAUAAAAAGAAAAUAGCUUUAAAAAGCAAACCCAACAAAAAUUCUGAACGUUUGACACUUUGUGGCAGAUUCCUUUGUCAUCAUCGCAUCACUCACGGUUGCCAAACUUGAUCGGAAUGGCAAUGCGAUAGUUGCUAUAAUUUCUAAGAUUUUCGUUUCAUCUCUGAUUAACGUUCGUCGCGACUUCUAUUUCGUCGGAAAUAAUCAUAGAGGCUCACCAUCGUAUGGCCGUGUGGCGAGAUACGCUCAAGAACAAACUUAGGUAAAAGAAAAAAAUACAACGACCGAAUUAAACAUUGCGUGAAUGGCUCUAAUGGAUUCUCCGGCAGACGAUUUACACUAAUCGGUCAACUUAAAAACAUAUAAGGCAGAAAAGACAAAUGAUGAUAAUUUUUAGAUCACUAUCGACUCAAUCCGUCAUUUUACCUUAGCCUGUUAACAUAUACCUUCUUGUAAAACUUUGUAGUAGUUAUCUUCGCUGCGCUAGAUCGAAUCAUUCCGAUAUUGGGCAUUCUGAUUUUACUUCAAAACCUGAAAAACUGAUCCUGGCUAGAAAGGUGAAAUUCAAAAACAAAUCUAUAUUUAGGCAAUUUUCAUCACGAUUUAUAUAAAUGAUUUGAAAUUAAGAAAAUCUCACAUAGUAUUGAUUAACUUUCGUUGCCCAUUAAUUUGAAUCACAUUUUAUCAAUAGUUAAAUUCAAUUUGAGGCAAAACAAACAAGGAUUGGAUAGACCAAAAGCAAUUUUAGCGUGUUCAAUCGCCUCAUGUCAUAUGUCGUACAAACUUCUCAGUGCAAAAGAACGUGAUAGGCACCACAUGAACCCCUCUUAAAACACAAUUGACCUCUUAUUCUUGUCGCUAGUAGCUAUGAUCUAAGCAUUUUCGUGUCAGGAAGAAAUGGAAACACACAUGAUUUCUAUUGGGUGAAGCUAUGUGGAAACAGAUCAUUGGAGUACAUAAUGUCAACUGACUCACUAAAUUUUUUUUUUUUCACAAAAAUUAUUCACAGAAGUGGCUUUCUAUAUUUUACAUUUUUAAAUAUUGAGUUUUUUAAAAUACAUUUUUGGCAUUAUUUUUCCCUUUAACCUUUACGUGUAAGCCAGUUUUCAGGAGAGGUACACCAGAUAAUUCAAUAUGGACAUUACAAUGUUGCAUUGUCGAUCUGUUUUUCUGUUGACAUUAAAAAUCUCAGAGAUGUGUUCAGGUACACACACAAAACACAACAGCACGCUAAAUUCGUUCUUCUUAUUGCAACAAACACCUAGUUGAUAGUUUAUUUUCAAUCAUUUUUCUUCUUGUAGCUAAAUAAUACGUAUACACCCUAACAAGAUUUGAAAUGCUAAUGAUCUUAACAUAUACUUUAAAACAAGUAUUAAUUUUUAGGCGGCUCAAACAAAAUACUUGAACACAAACUUUUUUAUAAGAACCACGCACUAGCUUGAACAAUUUUUUACGAUAAUUUCCCGUGAGCGACCGAUUUUAAAUGGAAAAAGAGAAUGCCCCAAGAAACAGAGAUAAUAUUCGUUUUUACGGUAAACAAAAAUGCUAAUAUUUCGUACACGCCAGGGCUUUUCAAUCACCCAUCGAAGAUAAAACUGAAGAGAAAUUUUAAAGAAAACAUUCGAGAAGGACAGCCUUAAAUUCGUGCGCCUUACUUUGCCAAAAUGGCGUCGACAGAUAUCAUGCCCGAAAAUUUUUCUUGCCCGGAACGAAUCUGUUUUGAACAAAACGUGGCCAUCAUUUACCAUUUGCCAUUCUCCAAGGGUCCUCCAGAUUUUCCGGAGAUAUUAAAUAUAAAUGGCGACUUAGUGUCGCCCCUGAGUUAAUAUUCACCGCUAACUCGAGUUUCUUCUCGUUUCUAAAAUUGCGAUGGUGUCUAUACAUAACAAAGUAUUUAGCAUUUCUUACAUUUCAUCAGCUGAGUUUUAGUUAAGCAAACUACCACUUGAUUCUUGAACAUGCCAGUGUCGUUUUUACCUUCUAAGGAGUGGACCUCGGUGAAAUAUUGACCACGAUACCAUUCCUCGCUUUAAGAAUCAGAUGAGAUUGGAGAUCUUCAUUUGACACAAUGUUCUGUGGGCCUACGCUUAAAUCAAACCUGUAAGAAGGCAACCAAGUUAUCACUUUGCAGCAAUUAGAGCCUUUUUGUAUUGGUCUACCCACCCCCACCACCCUCAGAAAGGCCUGCCUACUGGUGUAUCAAUACGGUGUUACAAUAAUCCUGUGCGAGUUCAACUCUUUUCUCGUGUAAACACUCUCUUCUCUUCCAAUGAAAUAGACCCCCUAGUCACGUGAGUGAAUGCCCUCUAACAGUAGGCCGCUUAAGUGUUUGGAGUCAACUAGAACUAGCCUGCAGCGGAGGCUAAUGUUAAAUUGUCCCCAGAGUCUUCUCGUUUACCAAAGACGAGCAUUUCCUGGGACGAGGUCAACGCUCAUGUUGAGGAACACAAAAACAAAUUAAAUCAAUGUAUGGAACAUUUAUAAUCAACUGGCUCAGCAAAAACAACGUUCAACGUGAGUUGCCUGCAAAAGAGGCUCUGCAUAUAUUAACUUGAGAUAGACUAACCCCGUAAAAAUGAGAUUUCAUUCGCCUCGUUAUCAUCAAACUACAGUUGUUUUAGUUUUUUCACUUACAUUCGAAGGAUCGUUGAUGUAGCCGUUUUGGUCUAAGCAAGAGCAAAACCUUGGCCGAUACAGUUUCUGAAAACAUAAAUGAUAGUACCGUGUUGAAUUACGAAGAGUGAUGUAAAAACCGAUCUCCUUUUCUCGCACGUCAUAAAAGCUGCUGAUAAUUGAAAUAAGAAAAUUUGAACAUGAUGUUGGAUAAUCUCGAACCCAGAUCUCACGGCUGCUUGACCACAGACUCCCCGGCUCCUCUUGAGCGAGGGAGAUCGGGGUUACAAUAUGAUGUUGCUUAUUUACUCAAAGUACGGGUGGGGAGUUUAUGAACAAGGGCAAGAGCAAUUAAAGAGGGUUAUGGAGAGUAGACUGGUGUCAGUGAGUGAUCGCCUGUCUAAGUGUCAGUUACCUUUUCAAUGUGCUCAUGGCAGGUGGGUGGGGCUUACAGAAAGGCUCUAAUCCCCAUGGGGGGUGGGGGAGGGGUAGCUCUGGUAUAAAAAUGACAAGGAUACUCGUUAGACAACUAGAAUUAAACCCCUAAAGGAGACCAGUGUAGGCGUGAACCACGCUUCGUUUCACCCAUAAACGAGAUCUCGCUCAAACACAGUAUGACGGCGUUUGUUAUUUUCAUUUAACAAUUUCUUUACGAAAAACCUAAAGUGAUAUCUUAUAGUGAUAUAUAUUAGCUUGGUGUGCUGAAAAUCGAAACUGAGACCAAAAUCCGCAAUUUCUACCUCUAAGCGGGACGACCGGCAUCCUUGUCAUUUUUAUGAGUGCCCAUCGCCGUCUCGCGCCCUUCAAUUCCCCCUUUUGGCUAGUUGAAGGUAGGCUUUCUCUCUGGAGGUAUAGAAUAGAGGUCAUUAUUUAAGCGCCUCGUAAUAGACAUCACCAAUUAGCACCACUCUGGCUUCCACCCAAAGACGCAAACAUGGAACUUUAUUAUCGUUUCUCUAGCAGAUAUAAGUGCUUCGUUACUUUUACGAAUGGUUGCAACAGGUUUAGCGUGAACUUUUAAUUCAAUAUUAUCAUACUUGUACUCACUAUCUGGCUUUGCAUUAAUUAGUUUGUUUUCCUGCUUAGGCCAUCUGUUAUUCCUUUGGCGGAUCACAGGUUCUUAGGGCAAAAAAUGACAUCUCAGGUGAGGAAGCGAUGGAGUUGCAUUUCUUUAAAACAUCAUCGGAUUUUUAACUUUAAGUUUUUGUCCACGUUUUGACUAACCGACAUACAGCCUGCCUUAACACUCCACUUGGCAUCCCCCGACCUCGUCCCCAGGGCUUUCAACCUAGUCCCCAGGGCUUUUCCCUUAAAAAAUGGGUGGGGCGGUGUCACAGCGUUUUGGGCAUCCCCGCGUUUUGGGCAUCCCCAUUCCCAAAUCCCUAGCGUUUUGGGCAUCCCCUUCUCAUAUUACUGCAGCGUUUUGGGCAUCACCCGGUACCCUCCCGGGAUGCCCAAAUCGCUAGUGUUUUGGUCAUCCCCUCCAAAAAAAUGUUGGAUUUCGCGGGAAAAUCGAAAACGUUUUAGAGAUGGUUUCCGCUAAAUAGAGAAAUCUUUUCCAGUAUCUUAAAAAGAAGGCUUAUCCGGAAGGCUUUACAAAGCAAAAAAACGACUCUGCGAAAUUUGCCAAAAAGUUCGAGUAUGACUCAAAAUUAGAGUCCUUGUUCUAGGUGGCCAAGGAGAAGGAUGGCACAGCGCUUCGACGAAUUGUUCACCGAGGAAGAGAAAGCGAGGGUCUUCGAAGAGUGCCACUCUGCUCCUUUUUCUGGACACGCCGGCCGCGAUAAUACUUUUGCACCCUGUGAAGGUUGUUUCCAAGGUGUGGUACUCGGUCGGAAUUGAUUUAAUAGAAGCCCCUACUACAUCUCAAAACGGCAACAGAUUUCUUCUGUCCCGUAGGUGCAAGAGGCCUCUGUAUAAAUUGUGUGACAUCCUUUUGUGUGUCAAGUAGCGCUGCGGGGUUAAGUUCAACAGGCCUCAAAUGUCAUGCAUACUAUGAAUUCAACACCAAACGCAGUUUUAUUCAUGUUUGUCUUUUGAUUGUUUUGUUUAGUAUUCUUGUUUUUGGCUGUUUGGAAUCAGACGAUCGCAGCUGCCGGCGAUUGCGGCAUUGCUCGCUUGUAAAAAGUUCUAUUAAAUAAAAUUGAAGCUCUGCAAAAAAUGAAGCGUUGUACAGCGAAGGGAUGUUUAUUUAAUAUGCGGUUGUAAAUUUCAGUUUCGUGCCGUUUUGAGCCAACGUUUACUGCCUAUGGGUUUUUUUUCUGCGCAAUAAACCCGGCGAAAAGUGUCAGACGAUAUAAUUCUAACAUGCAUCUACACUAUUCAGCCGUAAAUUCGUGAUUCAUUGACAAUCCCGACUUUUCCCCAGUCUGAAAUAAUUUAGGCAAAGUCGAAGCGAUCAGCGUUUUGGGCAUCCCCCACCGGGGAUGCCCAAAACGCUAGGGAUUUGGGAAUGGGGAUGCCCAAAACGCGGGGAUGCCCAAAACGCUGUGACAGCGGGAAAAGGCCCUGGCAUCGGCUGGUCACGUGCACAGCCUAAAUAUUCAUGAGAAGCUAAUUUAUAUGCAACCCGCUGGUUUUGCGCUAGUCUGCUACACAGCCGUUUUUAGUGUCGUCACGCAAUGCUCCUCCCCGCAAAGGUGGCGCGAACACUUUCCAGAAAAUGGGAGCAGAAUUAUAAGUGGCUAAUCACGGGAAAGGAAUGUAGUUCGGUUUUCAGCAGCCGUUAGUGGGGAGGAGCGUUGCGUGAUGACACUAAAAACGGCUGUGUAGCAGACUACUUUUGCGCUGACAGAGGUCGAACGGAGCAACAAUGGAAAAUACUAACAUCGCGAACUAUGUCAAUAUUUUCGCGUGUGUGCGAUGCAAAAGCUAAAGAUCCAUUUAAUUGCGUAUUAUUCAAAUGCUGCAAGUUUAUGAAAGGGCGUACCGACUCUGCUUUGUCACAUACAAAAUAUGUCAAAUGCUUCAGAGUUGAGACAAGCUGUUAUUGAGUAUACUUCGACUGAAAUUCAUCGUGACUGUGGAAUUACUGUACGAUCAAGGGGAAAGUGAUUUUGUCCAAUGUCAAACAAAAAUUUAAUUGAAAUAGAAUUGUUCAUCCAAAUGCUUUACAGUGGCUUUAUGGAGUCUGGUCUUCUCUACAACCCGACCAUGAAACAAACAAACCAUUGCGCCGGAUGCAAGUCAGCCCUCCAGCCAGGAACGAUGACAGGUCGCCGAUCUGAAACAUUUGAAGACCUCUUAUAUCUUUUCUCUUCCGAGGAUAAGUACAAAGGAUUUUCCUUAUAUUAAAGGGAAGAUUGACCGAUCGAUUCGAAUCAACUACAGCUCUGUCAAUUUUAAAUGGACCCAAGUAUUUCUUUCUUACCAGUCGUUUAAUCGCAGAGGUCAAUUAAUUUUUUUCAAAAUACAGGUCAUACAAGAUAAGUCUAAACCAACGCGUGUCGUUAUGAUAUGGCUGAGAGUUAAGGAGAAUAGAACUAGGCUGGGUCCACUUCGCGAGAAAUGAAAUAAAAUCUCAGAAGAGUCGCGAGAACGGACUUUUUCAGAGCAAACUUUAUGCGUAUACGACAGUUUGUUUGUCAUUUAUAUCGCUCUAUAAACAGAAGUUUUACAAAUGUUACCGCUCGCUGUCCCCUUCAUAGAAAUCAGAGGAAAGCAAAAAAUUACCAUAGCCAGUAUCUGUGACUAAAAGGAAAUCGUGUAAAACUUUUCGUUAAACGUCAAGAGAUAUAAAAGGCCGCCGAAGAUCGCGCGCUGUGAGGUUACGCAUAAUUUUAGCUUUUCAUAGAGCGCUAAUUUAUUACACCCAGGAUUUUAGCGUGUACGAGGGGACACGUGACCAGCCGAUUCCAGGGCCUUUUCCCGCCCAACCCAUUUUUUAAGGGAAAAGCCCUGGGGACGAGGUUGGACAUCCCCAUCAUUCGCCACUUUAGAAAACAGAGGGAAACUGGGCCGAGUUAACUUUCGCAAAGAGUUCUGGGACUAUUUCUAGAACUGGCCAAUAGCUGACCGGCGCGUCCCCAGUAACGCUGCCAGAAACAAUUGUGGGACGCAUCUAGGCUCCAGUUCCCUUCUCGUUUCUAAAGUGGGCAAUUGCCUUUUUCAAAGGGAUAUUUGGCCAAAUUUUUCUUUUCAUCUUAGUGAUAUUUUUCUCUUAUUAAUUGACUUACAGCAGGAGGCAUCUCGACCAAAGAUAGCGAGACUGCGUUCCAAAGUUGCCCAAGGACACUGAAGAUUUUCCACAACAAGACAUCAGGUCUUUAUCUUGUCACUUUUGGUACAAGUUUGCAAUAGCAUGUCAAGUGAAUGAACUAAUAAGAUGCUCAUUCUCAUAGAGACUCUUGAGCCGUUUAUGGUUUUGUUUUAAUGUCAAAAGCUUAUUUUCAUUUGAAACAGUACCUGCUGGAACGGUGUAUUUUAAUGGGUUGGAAGAUUAUUAAAAAUGUCUUUUGUAUAAUCUAUUUUUGCGUUCCAGCUUUUGCAAAUCCAACACGACAGGAGUUGGUCUAGCAACUUAGCCUAACUUAGGAUUUGUUGACACAAAACUGGAAAACUCUUACGCCGGCACGAAAACAUUACCGCUUAGGGCUUUCGUUCACACGUAAGAACGGUGAUUUCGGCCCGAUUUCUGAAACGGAGUGAAGCUUCGCCGACCCGAUCUCGAAAGUGGAGUAUUUCAUAUCGGGAAGGUUCUGUGCCACACUUCGUGAUACGUAGGAGCAGGGACUGGAAUCUACCGAGACGGAAGUGAAUAUUCAGGAGUGUGGACCGGGAUUUAGUUUACCAAACCCUCUCGGCCAACCGUUCCGGCUCUGCCUGUUCGAUGGGUGUGAACAAAUUGUUCCAUUUCUGUGUUGUUGCUGUUCAUACUAUACUUGUCUGAGCAUAAGUUUACUUAGUCCAAAAAUUUGUCUUUCUAUUGCUCAAUUCAGUUCUAUUUUUGUCAGCCAAAGAUCAGCUCAUUCUUAAAGCCAGUGAGACGGGUUUACAAAAACCUAUUCAUCAGUUACUGAGUUGGUUAGAACGCCAUUCGUAUUUGUCGAUCACUCCUUAGCUAUCAUCGGUAAGUAAGUCACUUCCUCAGGGGAAAGCACCUCUCAGAUUUCAAUAGCAGGGCACAAAUGGUUAAGAAUCCUUUUAUUGCGUCAUUUGUUUUUUCGUGUACAGUAAGGUAUUAGAAAAUUGAGCUCAGCCUACUGCACCAAGAUAUAUCCCAUGGCUUUGAUGCUUCUCCCUCCAUUGUCCGAUGUAUAUCCUUUGAUAGCGUUGUUUCCACAUGUGUUGGAAUCGUCAGUUUGCCCUCCAUUUCCAAACCCAAUUUUGGAAUCACAGGUGUGGCAAUCUCGUUGGUCAUUUCCAAGGAUGCCGAUUCUUGUCUUAGCAUAGGCGCGGGAACUGGCCGCAUUGAACCCCUCCUUGUUGCACCCAGUCUGCAGGGAAGCCUGAGAACCAAUCAGCUUCUUCCACGUGUUACGACCCAGUGACGUGGCGCGAUACUUCCGUCUGCGAUCAAGGAAUGCAGAGAGGCUGCCUUUUUGUUGAUAACAAUGAACUUGAUCUGCUGGCCGAUCUUCAUACCCAGGCAGAUCUUGGCGAAUGGUGUGCUCCAGUAGGUUGGGAGUUUAGUCUCUUGACCGUCAAACCCGGUCUUCCCUCCUGGAAGGUUAUAGGAAUUCUUGUUACUCCAAAACCCAGAGCUGUAAUGGAAGGUUUUCUGAAAUACAAACAAGAGCAUGUUAGCUUUACACUGUAUACGUAACUUUCGUGUGCGAGAGCAUCGUUUUACCUUUGCGCCAUUAAUCUUCAUGGCCAGCGUCCAUCCUCCAUCUCCGCAUCCAAAGUUGCCCAUGUGACAGUAAACAGGAAUCUUUUGCGAACCAAACUUCAGCGUGUACACGUGGCUUUUUGUGGAACUAUGAAAUUGAAGAUAAUGAACGUCAGAUUUACUUCAUCUAGGAUUUUGUUAUUCUCGCCACUCUUGUUCUUUAUUGUCUGUGUCAAACUUUUGAAGAAAAACAUUAAAAGUCUGGUUUUGAAAUAGGAAAGGACAGUGACUCUUGGCGAUGAUUGGUUUCUGUCAGCACUUAUUUGAACCUAGUUUAGUAGCCUUAAUAGCUUCCACGAGUCCCCUGUAGCUCCGUGGUAGAGCAUCUGGACUAGUAACCUGAUGGUCAUAGGUUCGACUUCUGUUGGAAGUAUUCGGAUAUUUUCUUCCGAGCCGCCAGUGUCUUCGACUAGAAAAACAUCGUUCUCUUGACAGUACUUGUAUCUAAGAACUCACCUGUGUUUCUCAUAAUGUUCUUUGCACGAGGAAGCGGAAACAGCUGUAAGAAAGACAGAAAUUCUGCUGUUAAUUAAUAACUACUUCAUACGGACUUUCUGACGAAGUAAAAUAGAAAACGUCCGAACGGAAGACAGCUUUGGGGAAAAGCGAAGUUUAUUACAAUUCAUCCGCGCGUGAAGUUUUCGUCUGGUUAGGAGCACUGCACGGGGCUUUUUAAUUACAAACCUCACUGAGCUAAAAAGUUGUUCACAACUUCAACAAUUUACCUGGUUUUUGUGCUAUCCCUGGUUUGUUCAAUCCAGCAAUGAGACUUUCUAGUUUCGUUUGCAACAUUUUAAUGGCGUCGUUCGCGCUCGAAUCCUGUAGAAUGUUACACAUCAGGUUGCAUAACAUCAUCUUGUCGUACGGCUUGGGGCAAGAUGAAGAAGAUCCAUCGCUUUUGACGAACAUUACGAAAAAGAUCGCGAGAAAGUAGGCUUGAAAAAGCAGACGCAUUUUGAGAACUUGAGUUAAACGUAACCUUUUCAACAAGCAAAGGAAGGUUCGGGAAAUGACCAACUAUUGUGACUAGUCCAGAGUUUUACAUCUGUUUCCAGCGAAGUAAAAAGGAUGUGUUUAAAAUUCGGGAAUAUUUUCUUGCUUGCAUUUGUCCAAUCAUCUUACUCCAGGUCUGUUUUUGACUUUACUCGCCCCAGUACCUCCCUGUCUCACAAGCGACUUGUUCACUCAAAUUUUACUUGUUGUAACUUUUUAUCGUUUGAAGAGAUCGUGGUUAAAAAGAACGAUAUUCAGGAAAAGCUAGGAAGGAAAAGACAAGGUCGGUCUCUUUCGACCCAAAUGAAGUCAGCAAGUGCCAGAAUGAAAACGAAACUGAUAUCUGUGACUUGGAUGAGAUACGUCACUUGAGUUCAGCUUCCGAAGUGAUUAUUAUAAUCUCCUCAUCCAGCCUCUGUUUUUGGCGACUCGCGUUUUCCAUCAAAUCGUGGGUUUUAGGGUUAGGGUUAGCUCGAACAACCACGACCACGACGAAGCAAACGAGAAAAUAAAAAGGAAAUAGCUUUAAAAAGCAAACCAAACAAAAAUUCUGAACGUUUCACACUUUGUGGCAGAUUCCUUUGUCAUCAUCGCAUCACUCACGGUUGCCAAACUUGAUCGGAAUGGCAAUGCGAUAGUUGCUAUAAUUUCUAAGAUUUUCGUUUCAUCUCUGAUUAACGUUCCUCGCGACUUCUAUUUCGUCGGAAAUAAUCAUAGAGGCUCACCAUCGUAUGGCCGUGUGGCGAGAUACGCUCAAGAACAAACUUAGGUAAAAGAAAAAAAUACAACGACCGAAUUAAACAUUGCGUGAAUGGCUCUAAUGGAUUCUCCGGCAGACGAUUUACAAUAAUCGGUCAACUUAAAAACAUAUAAGCCAGAAAAGACAAAUAAUGAUAAUUUUUAGAUCACUAUCGACUCAAUCCGUCAUUUUACUUUAGCCUGUUAACAUAUACCUUCUUGUAAAACUUUGUAGUAGUUAUCUUCGCUGCGCUAGAUCGAAUCAUUCCGAUAUUGGGCAUUCUGAUUUUACUUGAAAACCUGAAAAACUGAUCCUGGCUAGAAAGGUGAAAUUCAAAAACAAAUCGAUAUUUAGGCAAUUUUCAUCACGAUUUAUAUAAAUGAUUUGAAAUUAAGAAAAUCUCACAUAGUAUUGAUUAACUUUCGUUGCCCAUUAAUUUGAAUCACAUUUUAUCAAUAGUUAAAUUCAAUUUGAGGCAAAACAAACAAGGAUUGGAUAGACCAAAAGCAAUUUUAGCGUGUUCAAUCGCCUCAUGUCAUAUGUCGUACAAACUUCUCAGUGCAAAAGAACGUGAUAGGCACCACAUGACCCCCUCUUAAAACACAAUUGACCUCUUAUUCUUGUCGCUAGUAGCUAUGAUCUAAGCAUUUUCGUGUCAGGAAGAAAUGGAAACACACAUGAUUUCUAUUGGGUGAAGCUAUGUGGAAACAGAUCAUUGGAGUACAUAAUGUCAACUGACUCACUAAAGUUUUUUUUUCACAAAAAUUAUUCACAGAAGUGGCUUUCUAUAUUUUACAUUUUUAACUAUUGAGUUUUUUAAAAUACAUUUUUGGCAUUAUUUUUCCCUUUAACCUUUACGUGUAAGCCAGUUUUCAGGAGAGGUACACCAGAUAAUUCAAUAUGGACAUUACAAUGUUGCAUUGUCGAUCUGUUUUUCUGUUGACAUUAAAAAUCUCAGAGAUGUGUUCAGGUACACACACAAAACACAACAGCACGCUAAAUUCGUUCUUCUUAUUGCAAUAAACACGUAGUUGAUAGUUUAUUUUAAAUCAUUUUUCUUCUUGUAGCUAAAUAAUACGUAUACACCCUAACAAGAUUUGAAAUGCUAAUGAUCUUAACAUAUACUUUAAAACAAGUAUUAAUUUUUAGGCGGCUCAAACAAAAUACUUGAACACAAACUUUUUUAUAAGAACCACGCACUAGCUUGAACACUUUUUUACGGUAAUUUCCCGCGAGCGACCGAUUUUAAAUGGAAAAAGAGAAUGCCCCAAGAAACAGAGAUAAUAUUCGUUUUUACGGUAAACAAAAAUGCUAAUAUUUCGUACACGCCAGGGCUUUUCAAUCACCCAUCAAAGAUAAAACUGAAGAGAAAUUUUAAAGAAAACAUUCGAGAAGGACAGCCUUAAAUUCGUGCGCCUUACUUUGCCAAAAUGGCGUCGACAGAUAUCAUGCCCGAAAAUUUUUCUUGCCCGGAACGAAUCUGUUUGAACAAAACGUGGCCAUCAUUUUCCAUUUGCCAUUCUCCAAGGGUCCUUCAGAUUUUCAGGAGGUAUUAAAUAUAAAUGGCGACUUAGUGUCGCCCCUGAGUUAAUAUUCACCGCUAACUCGAGUUUCUUCUCGUUUCUAAAAUUGCGAUGGUGUCUAUACAUAACAAAGUAUGUAGCAUUUCUUACAUUUCAUCAGCUGAGUUUUAGUUAAGCAAACUACCACUUGAUUCUUGAACAUGCCAGUGUCGUUUUUACCUUCUAAAGAGUGGACCUCGGUGAAAUAUUGACCACGAUACCAUUCCUCGCUUUAAGAAUCAGAUGAGAUUGGAGAUCUUCAUUUGACACAAUGUUCUGUGGGGCUACGCUUAAAUCAAACCUGUAAGAAGGCAACCAAGUUAUCACUUUGCAGCAAUUAGAGCCUUUUUGUAUUGGUCUACCCACCCCCCACCACCCUCAGAAAGGCCUGCCUACUGGUGUAUCAAUACGGUGUUACAAUAAUCCUGUGCGAGUUCAACUCUUUUCUCGCGUAAACACUCUCUUCUCUUCCAAUGAAAUAGACCCCCUAGUCAUGUGAGUGAAUGCCCUCUAACAGUAGGCCGCUUAAGUGUUUGGAGUGAACUAAAACUAGCCUGCAUCCGAGGCUGUAACAUUGUUCCCAGAGUCUUCUCGUUCUCCAAAGACGAGCAUUCCCGGGGACGAGGUCAGCGCUCAUGUUGAGGAACACUAAAACAAAUUGAAUCAAUGUAUGGAAGACUUAUAAUCAAGUGGCUCAGCGAAAAAAACAUUUAACGUGAGUUGCCUGCCAAAGAGGCUCUGCAUAUAUUAACUUGAGAUAGAGACUAACCCGGUAAAAAUGAGACUUCAUUCGUCUCGUUAUCAUCAAACUACAGUUGUUUUAGUUUUUCCACUUACAUUCGAAGGAUCAUUGCAAUAGCCGUUUUGAUCUCAGCAAGAGCAAAAGCUUGGCCGAUACAGUUUCUGAAAACAUAAAUGAUAGUAACGUGUUGAAUUACGAAGAGUGAUGUAAAAACCGAUCUCCUUUUCUCGCAAGUCAUAAAAGCUGCUGAUAAUUGAAAUAAGAAAAUUUGAACAUGAUGUUGGAUAAUCUCGAACCCAGAUCUCACGGCUGCUUGACCACAGACUCCCCGGCUCCUCUUGAGCGAGGGAGAUCGGGGUUACAAUAUGAUGUUGCUUAUUUACUCAAAGUACGGGUGGGGAGUUUAUGAACAAGGGCAAGAGCAAUUAAAGAGGGUUAUGGAGAGUAGACUGGUGUCAGUGAGUGAUCGCCUGUCUAAGUGUCAGUUACCUUUUCAAUGUGCUCAUGGCAGGUGGGUGGGGCGUACAGAAAGGCUCUAAUCGCCAUGGGGGGUGGGGGAGGGGUAGCUCUGGUGUAAAAAUGACAAGGAUACUCGUUAGACAACUAGAAUUAAACCGGUAAAGGAGACCAGUGUAGGCGUGAACCACGCUUCGUUUCACCCAUAAACGAGAUCUCGCUCAAACACAGUAUGACGGCGUUUGUUAUUUUCAUUUAACAAUUUCUUUACGAAAAACCUAAAGUGAUAUCUUAUAGUGAUAUAUAUUGGCUUUGUGUGCUGAAAAUCGAAACUGAGACCAAAAUCCGCAAUUUCUACCUCUAAGCGAGACGACCGGCAUCCUUGUCAUUUUUAUUAGUGCCCAUCGCCGUCUCGCGCGCCUCAAUUCCCUCUUUUGGCUGGUUGAAGGUAGGCUUUCUCUCCGGAGGUAUAGAAUAGAGGUCAUUAUUUAAUCGCCUCGUAAUAGACAUCACCAAUUAGCACCACUUUGGCUUCCACCCAAAGACGCAAACAUGAAACAUUAUUAUCAUUUCUCUAGCAGGUAUAAGACCCUCGUUACAAAGGCUUGCAAUGGGUUUAGCAUGAACUUUUAAUUCAAUAUUAUCAUACUUGUACUCACUAUCUGGCUUUGCAUUAAUUAGUUUGUUUUCCUGCUUAGGCCAUCCGUUAUUCCUUUGGCGGAUCACAGGUUCUUAGGGCAAAAAAUGACAUCUCAGGUGAGGAAGCAAUGGAGUUGCAUUUCUUUAAAACAUCAUCGGGUUUUUAUUUAUUUUUUUUUUCACUUUAAGUUUUUGUCCACGUUUUCACUAACCGACAUACAGCUUGCCUUAACACUCCACUUGGCAUCCCCCGACCUCGUCCCCAGGGCUUUUCCCUUAAAAAAAAAUUGGAGGAGCUAUUUUUGUAGGAAAAGCCCUGGAGACGAGGUUGGACAUCCCCAUCAUUCGCCAUUUUAGAAAAGAGAGGGAAACUGGGCCGAGUUAACUUUCGCAAAGAGUUCUGGGACUAUUUCUAGAACUGGCCAAUAGCUGACCGGCGCGUCCCCAGUAACGCUGCCAGAAACAAUUGCGGGACGCAUCUAGGCUCCAGUUCCCUUCUCGUUUCUAAAGUGGGCAAUUGCCUGUUUCAAAGGGAUAUUUGGCCAAAUUUUUCUUGUCAUCUUAAAGACAUAUUUCUCUUAUUAAUUGACUUACAGCGGGAGGCUUCUGGACCAAAGAUAGCAAGGCUGCGUUCCAAAGUUGCCCAAGGACACUGAAGAUUUUCCACAACAAGACAUCAGGUCUUUAUUUUCUCACUUUUGUGACAAGUUUGCAAUAGCAUGUCAAGUGAAUGAACUAAUAAGAUUCUCAUUCUCAUAGAGACUCUUGAGCCGUUUAUGGUUUUGUUUUAAUGUCAAAAGCUUAUUUUCAUUUGAAACAGUACCUGCUGGAACGGUGUAUUUUAAUGGGUUGGAAGAUUAUUAAAAAUGUCUUUUGUAUAAUCUAUUUUUGCGUGCCAGCUUUUGCAAAUCUAACACGACAGGAGUUGGUCUAGCAACUUAGCCUAACUUAGGAUUUGUUGACACAAAACUGGAAAACUCUUACGCCGGCACGAAAACAUUACCGCUUAGGGCUUUCGUUCACACGUAAGAACGGUGAUUUCGGCCCGAUUUCUGAAACGGAGUGAAGCUUCGCCGACCCGAUCUCGAAAGUGGAGUAUUUCAUAUCGGGAAGGUUCUGUGCCACACUUCGUGAUACGUAGGAGCAGGGACUGGAAUCUACCGAGACGGAAGUGAAUAUUCAGGAGUGUGGACCGGGAUUUAGUUUACCAAACCCUCUCGGCCAACCGUUCCGGCUCUGCCUGUUCGAUGGGUGUGAACAAAUUGUUCCAUUUCUGUGUUGUUGCUGUUCAUACUAUACUUGUCUGAGCAUAAGUUUACUUAGUCCAAAAAUUUGUCUUUCUAUUGCUCAAUUCAGUUCUAUUUUUGUCAGCCAAAGAUCAGCUCAUUCUUAAAGCCAGUGAGACGGGUUUACAAAAACCUAUUCAUCAGUUACUGAGUUGGUUAGAACGCCAUUCGUAUUUGUCGAUCACUCCUUAGCUAUCAUCGGUAAGUAAGUCACUUCCUCAGGGGAAAGCACCUCUCAGAUUUCAAUAGCAGGGCACAAAUGGUUAAGAAUCCUUUUAUUGCGUCAUUUGUUUUUUCGUGUACAGUAAGGUAUUAGAAAAUUGAGCUCAGCCUACUGCACCAAGAUAUAUCCCAUGGCUUUGAUGCUUCUCCCUCCAUUGUCCGAUGUAUAUCCUUUGAUAGCGUUGUUUCCACAUGUGUUGGAAUCGUCAGUUUGCCCUCCAUUUCCAAACCCAAUUUUGGAAUCACAGGUGUGGCAAUCUCGUUGGUCAUUUCCAAGGAUGCCGAUUCUUGUCUUAGCAUAGGCGCGGGAACUGGCCGCAUUGAACCCCUCCUUGUUGCACCCAGUCUGCAGGGAAGCCUGAGAACCAAUCAGCUUCUUCCACGUGUUACGACCCAGUGACGUGGCGCGAUACUUCCCGUCUGCGAUCAAGGAAUGCAGAGAGGCUGCCUUUUUGUUGAUAACAAUGAACUUGAUCUGCUGGCCGAUCUUCAUACCCAGGCAGAUCUUGGCGAAUGGUGUGCUCCAGUAGGUUGGGAGUUUAGUCUCUUGACCGUCAAACCCGGUCUUCCCUCCUGGAAGGUUAUAGGAAUUCUUGUGACUCCAAAACCCAGAGCUGUAAUGGAAGGUUUUCUGAAAUACAAACAAGAGCAUGUUAGCUUUACACUGUAUACGUAACUUUCGUGUGCGAGAGCAUCGUUUUACCUUUGCGCCAUUAAUCUUCAUGGCCAGCGUCCAUCCUCCAUCUCCGCAUCCAAAGUUGCCCAUGUGACAGUAAACAGGAAUCUUUUGCGAACCAAACUUCAGCGUGUACACGUGGCUUUUUGUGGAACUAUGAAAUUGAAGAUAAUGAACGUCAGAUUUACUUCAUCUAGGAUUUUGUUAUUCUCGCCACUCUUGUUCUUUAUUGUCUGUGUCAAACUUUUGAAGAAAAACAUUAAAAGUCUGGUUUUGAAAUAGGAAAGGACAGUGACUCUUGGCGAUGAUUGGUUUCUGUCAGCACUUAUUUGAACCUAGUUUAGUAGCCUUAAUAGCUUCCACGAGUCCCCUGUAGCUCCGUGGUAGAGCAUCUGGACUAGUAACCUGAUGGUCAUAGGUUCGACUUCUGUUGGAAGUAUUCGGAUAUUUUCUUCCGAGCCGCCAGUGUCUUCGACUAGAAAAACAUCGUUCUCUUGACAGUACUUGUAUCUAAGAACUCACCUGUGUUUCUCAUAAUGUUCUUUGCACGAGGAAGCGGAAACAGCUGUAAGAAAGACAAAAAUUCUGCUGUUAAUUAAUAACUACUUCAUACGGACUUUCUGGCGAAGUAAAAUAGAAAACGUCCGAACGGAAGACAGCUUUGGGGAAAAGCGAAGUUUAUUACAAUUCAUCCUCGGGUGAAGUUUUCGUCUGGUUAGGAGCACUGCACGGGGCUUUUUAAUUACAAACCUCACUGAGCUAAAAAGUUGUUCACAACUUCAACAAUUUACCUGGUUUUUGUGCUAUCCCUGGUUUGUUCAAUCCAGCAAUGAGACUUUCUAGUUUCGUUUGCAACAUUUUAAUGGCGUCGUUCGCGCUCGAAUCCUGUAGAAUGUUACACAUCAGGUUGCAUAACAUCAUCUUGUCGUACGGCUUGGGGCAAGAUGAAGAAGAUCCAUCGCUUUUGACGAACAUUACGAAAAAGAUCGCGAGAAAGUAGGCUUGAAAAAGCAGACGCAUUUUGAGAACUUGAGCUAAACGUAACCUUUUCAACAAGCAAAUGAAGGUUCGGGAAAUGACCAACUAUUGUGACUAGUCCAGAGUUUUACAUCUGUUUCCAGCGAAGUAAAAAGGAUGUGUUUAAAAUUCGGGAAUAUUUUCUUGCUUGCAUUUGUCCAAUCAUCUUACUCCAAGUCUGUUUUUGACUUUACUCGCCCCAGUACCUCCCUCUCUCACAAGCGACUUGUUCACUCAAAUUUUACUUGUUGUAACUUUUCAUCGUUUGAAGAGAUCGUGGUUAAAAAGAACGAUAUUCAGGAAAACCUAGGAAGGAAAAGACAAGGUCGGUCUCUUUCGACCCAAAUGAAGUCAGCAAGUGCCAGAAUGAAAACGAAACUGAUAUCUGUGACUUGGAUGAGAUACGUCACUUGAGUUCAGCUUCCGAAGUGAUUAUUAUAAUCUUCUCAUCCAGCCUCUGUUUUUGGCGUCUCGCGUUUUCCAUCAAAUGGUGGGUUUUAGGGUUAGGGUUAGCUCGAACAGCUACGACCACGACGAACGAAACGAGAAAAUAAAAAGGAAAUAGCUUUAAAAAGCAAACCCAACGAAAAUUCUGAACGUUUCACACUUUGUGGCAGAUUCCUUUGUCAUCAUCGCAUCACUCACGGUUGCCAAACUUGAUCGGAAUGGCAAUGCGAUAGUUGCUAUAAUUUCUAAGAUUUUCGUUUCAUCUCUGAUUAACGUUCGUCGCGACUUCUAUUUCGUCGGAAAUAAUCAUAGAGGCUCACCAUCGUAUGGCCGUGUGGCGAGAUACGCUCAAGAACAACCUUAGGUAAAAGAAAAAAAAAAUACAACGACCGAAUUAAACAUUGCGUGAAUGGCUCUAAUCGAUUGUCCGGCAGACGAUUUACAAUAUAAUCGAUCAACUUAAAAACAUAUAGGGCAGAAUAGACAAAUGAUGAUAAUUUUUAGAUCACUAGCGACUCAAUCCGUCGUUUUACCUUAGCUUGUAAACAUAUACCUUCUUGUAGAACUUUGUAAUAGUUAUCUUCCCUGCGCUAAAUCGAAUCAUUCCGAUAUUUGGCAUUCUGAGUUUACUUAAAAACCUGAAAAACUGAUCCUGGCUAGAAAGGUGAAAUUGAAAAACAAAUCGAUAUUUAGGCGAUUUUCAUCACGAUUUAUAUAAAUGAUUUGAAAUUAAGAAAAUCUCACAUAGUAUUGUUUAAAUUUCAUUGCCCAUUAAUUUGAAUCACAUUUUAUCAGUAGUUAAAUUCAAUUUGAGGCAAAACAAACAACAGGGGCACCCAACGGCAAUUUUCGGGAAAAUAUCUGUUCGGAAGACGAUUUGAGAUCUAGAAUUUUCGGAAAAUUUGUUGUAAAAUUCCUUGCUUGCCUGCCUCUCCUAGGAGUUUCGAACAUCUACAAAAUGGCAUAAUUACCCAUUUUUAACGGAUUUUGACCCUAAAAAAGGCCACCUAGAAUUUUCGGGAGCCUUUUCCUGGCUGAAAUUUUCGAGAAGGUAAGUUUUUAUCCCUAUAAUUUUCGGAUCACUAGACUUUCAGCUAGGAAAUCCGAACAGAUGAAAAGUUUUUAGGGGAUAAAAAUAUGCCUAUAUCUACCGUUUGAAUACUAAAAUACGUUCAACAAUGCUAUGUUAAGUGGUUUUGAGCUAUAUCCUCGUUGGGUGCCCCUGAAACAAGGAUUGGAUAGAUCAAAAGCAAUUUUUGCGUGUUUAAUCGCCUCAUGUCAUAUGUCGCACAAACUUCUCAGUGCAGUAGAACAUGACGGGCACUACAUGACCCCCUCUUAAAACACAAUUGACCUCCUAUUCUUGUCGCUAGUAGCUAUGAUCUAAGUAUUUUCGUGUCAGGCAGAAAUGGAAACACACAUGAUUUCUAUUGGUUGAAGCUAUGUGGAAACAGAUCAUUGGACUACAUAAUGUCAACUGACUGACUAAAUAGUUUUUUUUUCCAAAAAAUUAUUCACGGAAGUAGCUUUCUAUAUUUUUCAAUAUUGCUUUUUUAUAAUAUAUUUUUUGGCAUUAUUUUUCCCUUUAACCCUUACGUGUAAGCCAGUUUUCAGGAGAGGUACACCAGAAAAUUCAAUAUCGAUAUUACAAUGUUGCAUUGUCGAUCCGUUGUUCUGUUGACAUUAAAAAUCUCAGAGAUGUGUUCAGGUACACACAUAAACCACAACCGCACGCUAAAAUUCGUUCUCCUUAUUGCGACAAACACCUAGUUGAUAGUUUAUUUAAAAUCAUUUUUGGCCUUUUAGCUAAAUAAUACGUAUGAACCGUAACAAGAUUUGAAAUGCUAAUGUUCUUAACAUAUAAUACUUGAACACAAAAUUUUUUAUAAGAACUACGCACUAGCUUGAACAAUUUUUACGAUAAUUUCCAGCGAGCGACCGAUUUUAAAUGGAAAAAGAGAAUGCCGCAAGAAACAGAGAUAAUAUUGGUUUUUACGGUAAAAAAUGCCAAUAUUUCGUACAUGCCAGGUCUUUUAAAUCACCCAUCAAAGAUAAAAUUGAAGCGAAAGUUUAAAGAAAACAAUCGAGAAGUACAGUCUUGAAAACGUGCGCCCUACUUUGCCAAAAUGGCAGCGACAGAUAUCAUGCCCGAAAAUUUUUCCUGCCCUGAACGAAGCUGUUUGAAUAAAAUGUGGCCAUCAUUUUCCAUUUACCAUUCUCCAAGGGCCCUUCAGAUUUUCCAGAGAUAUUAAUUAUAACAAGCGACUUAGUGUCGCUCCUAAGUUAAUAUUCACUGCUAACUCGAGGUUCUUCUCGUUUCUAAAAUUGUGAUGGCGCCUAUACAUAACAAAGUAUUUAGCACUUCUUACAUUACAUCAGCUGAGUUUUAGUUAAGCAAACUACCACUUGAUUCUUGAACAUUCUUGUGCGGAUUUUACCUUCCAAAGAGUGGACCUCGGUGAAUUAUUGACCACGAUGCCAUUCCUCGCUGUAAGAAUCAGAUGAGAUGGAGAUCUUCAUUUGAUACAAUAUUCUGUGGGGCUACGCUUAAAUCAAACCUGUAAGAAGGCAACCAAGCUAUCACUUUGCAGCAAUUAUAAAGCCUUUUUAUAUUGGUCUACCCACCCCCACCACCCUCAGAAAGGCCUGCCUACUGGUGUAUCAAUACCGUGUUACAAUAAUCCUGUGCGAGUUUAACUCUUUUGUCGGGUAAACACUCUCUUCUCUUCCAAUGAAUAGACCCCCUAGUCACGUGAGUGAAUUCCCUCUAACUGUAGGCCGCUUAAGUAUUUGUAGUGAACUAGAACUAGCCUGCAUCCGAGGCUAAUGUAACAUUGUCUCCAGAGUCUUCUCGUUUUUCAAAGACGAGCAUUCCUUGGGACGAGGUCAACGCUCAUGUUGAGGAACACAAAAACAAAUUAAAUCAAUGUAUGGAACACUUAUAAUCAAGUGGCUCAGCAAAAAAAAAAAAACGUUCAACGUGAGUUUCCUGCGAAGGAGGCUCUGCAUAUAUUAACUUGAGAUAGAGACUAACCCCGUAAAAAUGAGACUUCAUUCGCCUCGUUAUCAUCAAACUACAGUUGUUUUAGUUUUUUCACUUACAUUCGAAGGAUCAUUGCAGUAGCCGUUUUGGUCUAAGCAAGAGCAAAACCUUGGCCGAUACAGUUUCUGAAAACAUAAAUGAUAGUAACGUGUUGAAUUACGAAGAGUGAUGUAAAAACCGAUCUCCUUUUCUCGCACGUCAUAAAAGCUGCUGAUAAUUGAAAUAAGAAAAUUUGAACAUGAUGUUGGAUAAUCUCGAACCCAGAUCUCACGGCUGCUUGACCACAGACUCCCCGGCUCCUCUUGAGCGAGGGAGAUCUGGGUUACAAUAUGAUGUUGCUUAUUUACUCAAAGUAUGAGUGGGGAGUUUAUGAACAAGGGCAAGAGCAAAUAAAGAGGGUUAUGGAGAGUAGACUGGUGUAAGUGAGUGAUCACCUGUCUAAGUGUCAGUUACCUUUUCAAUGUGGUCAUGGCAGGUGGGUGGGGCUUACAGAAAGGCUCCAAUCCCGAUAGGGGGGUGGGGGAGAUGUAGCUCUGGUAUAAAAAUGACAAGGAUACUCGUCAGACAACUAGAAUUACACCCCUAAAGGAGACCAGCGUGGGCGUGACCCACGCUUUGUUUCACCCAUAAAGGAGAUCUUACUCCAACACAGUAUGACGGCGUUUGUUAUUUUCCUUUAACAAUUCCUUUACGAAAAACCCAAAGUGAUAUCUCAUAGUGAUAUAUAUUGGCUUUCUGUCCUGAAAAUCGUAACUGAGACCAAGAUCCGCAAUUUCUACCUGUAAGGGAGACGACCGGUAUCCUUGUCAUUUUUAUUAGUGCCCAUCGCCGUCUCGCGCGCCUAAUUUCCCUCUUUUGGCCAAUUGAAGGUUGGCUCUCUCUCUGGAGGUAUAGAAUAGAGGUCAUUAUUUAAGCGCCUCGUAGUAGACAUCACCAAUUAGCACCACUUAGGCUUCCACCCAAAGAGGCAAACAUGAAACAUUAUUAUCAUUUCUCUAACAGGUAUAAGGCCCUCGUUGUUUUUAUGAAUGAUUGCAAUAGGUUAAGAGCGAACUUUAAAUUCAAUAUUAUCAUACUUGUACUCAAUAUCUGUCUUUUCAUUAACCAGUUUGUUUUCCUGCUUAGGCCAUCUGUUAUUCCUUUGGCGGAUCUCAGGUUCUUAGGGCAAAAAAUGACAUCUCAGGUGAGGAAGCGAUGGAGUUGCAUUUCUUUAAAACAUCAUCGGAUUUUUAUUUUUAUUUUUUCACUGUAAUUUUUUGCCUACGUUUUCAAUAACCGACAUACUGCCUGCCUUAACACUCCACCUGGCAUCCCCCGACCUUGUCCCCAGGGCUUUUCCCUAAAAAAAAAUGGGAGGAGCCAUUUUUUUAGGGAAAGCCCUGGGGACGAGGUUGGGCAUCUCCAUCAUUCGCCACUUUAGAAAAGAGAGGGAAACUGGGUCGAGUUUACUUUCGCAAAGAGUUCUGGGACUAUUUCUAGAACUGGCCAAUAGGUGAUCGGUGCGUCCCCAGUAACGCUCCCAGAAACAAUUGCGGGACGCAUUUCGGCUCCAGUCCCCUUCUCGUUUCUAAAGUGGCCAAUCACCUUUUUCAAAGGGAUAUUUGGCCAAAUUUUUCUUUUCAUCUUAGUGAUAUUUUUCUCUUAUUAAUUUAUUUACAGCAGGAGGCAUCUCGACCAAAGAUAGCAAGGCUGCGUUCCAAAGUUGCCCAAGGACACUGAAGAUUUUCCACAACAAGACAGCAGGUCUUUAUCUUGUCACUUUUGCUACAAGUUUGCGAUAGCAUGUCAAGUGAAUGAACUAAUAAGAUGCUCAUUCUCAUAGAGACUCUUGAGUCGUUUAUGAUUUGGUUUAAUGUCAAAAGCUUAUUUUCAUUUGAAACAGUACCUGCUGGAACG